CGCUAGCUUUCCUCUCGGUGGGCUGGGUUAAGUCCAGCGGAGACGCGAUCUCUAGGAGGAGGAGGUGGCGGCGGUCGCUAAAAUCAGGCUUGUGUAUCGCGAUAAGGACCCCCUCAACCGCGGUGACUGGGAGGGGCUCGGAGUGUGCGAGCACGCCCCCGGCAACCAGGUGAGUGCAAGGAGGCACGAUAUGACGCGAUACGGCGCGACAGACCCCACCCUGGUAUCACCGUCCCUGACUUACCCUCCCCCAUGGCUCUACCUAUUGUAUCACCUUAUCCCCCCCAUAUACACGUGUAGGAUAUCAGGCAGAUAGUGUACACUGACAUACUGCAGGGAUAGAUGGUCCAGUGUGAAUAGCAAGGCACUGCCUAUAGGAAUCCAUGUAGGGCAGUGAUGGCUAGACAUGGUGGGAGCCAUCAUAUUGCAGAGAUAGAGAGAGUACCAAAGGCAAGUCAUCACAUUGCUCCAUUGAUAUACUCCCCAACAGCAUCACUACCCCAUCACUACCCCCUCUCCCCCCCUACAGCAUUUUAUGACAUUUGGGCUUCAGGUAGUGGAUGCUCAAUCUAAAGUACCAAUGAUGUCUGGGCAAUCUGUAUUUUUAGAUUGGUGACUUAGAAUUCACUAGUCGUAUUACAUGAUUCAGACAGAUAAUAUUGCUUUGGAUUAGACACAGGGUGAACAGACAUUUAAAAUGUAACACUAUCAAUGGUUUAAAAAAUAAAUAAAGAAAAAACCCUUUUUAGAUCUAUGGUAAACCGUAUUCCUGUUCUGCAGUAUUGACAUAUUCCACAGUAUACUGCAGAGGUACUGAUGUGUGUUAAAAUGCGUGUAGGUAAAUGUGUGAAUAUAUACAUAUAUUAUAAAUAUUUUAUAAUAUCCGUAUACAAUGUCCGGGAACUGCAAAGUAAACUAUUGGUGACACUUGUUACCCCUUCAACAUCAAAGUAGAGUCUAAAUAUUUUUUAUGCAUUUUGCAUAAAUGGGAGAUAUAGUUAACAACAUUUGGAGUGCUGAAGGUUGCCUAGCCCUGCUGUAAAUACACUUUUUUUUUUUUUUUAAUAAAUUUUUAAACUAUAUAUUUACUGUGUUGCUUCAAUGCAGACAUUUUCAAAUUUAUUACCAUUUUUAGUAAGCAUGUACUUCAGAUCCCUUAUCUCUAUACAAAGAUUUGAGACCUUGUGUGAAAUAUUGCAAGAUAAAGGAAUCUGUAUACUCUCUCUAAAGCAUCCCCCCCCCCCAUUUUUUUGUUGUUGUUGUAAAGGAUGACCAGUUAAACAAUUGUGUCAAUUUACAUUGCUUUGUUGACAAACUUAAAACUUUCUAUACACUAAAAUGUUAUGUUUACAUGUUAGCUAUGCAUCCGUUGCAUUGAAUAUAUGUAAUGCUAAUAUUUUGUUCAAUCGAAAAGUGCUCGAUAGUGAAGGAGUUAAAGAGGCACUAGCAAAAACCUCCUAUUAGCUUGUCCAACUUUCAAUGAUGAUAAUAGACCUAGGUAUCUGGUAACAAGUUAUCAUUGCUGUGCAGUGUCCUAAACUUGGGGUGGUUAAUCAAGUUAGGGCACUGUAAUUGUUUGUUUGUUUUUUUCUCAUUGAAGUGGUUAUAGUGUCGUCCCCUGGCAACAUCUUCACUCUAAACUAAACUGUUUUUAAUGCUAAACAAGAUUCCCCAGCAGCCCGUCCCUUUUUAUUUGUUCUAAUGAGGAAGCAUUAGCCUGCGCAGCAGUAGGGAGCUCUGAUUGGUUAAGAGUCCCAGCUGACUGCUUGAUUUAAUAAAUUACAGCACCCAUUGCUGGUAUGAAUUGGUGUGGCUUGAAAGAAGUCUGCAAUCUCUGCUUUAGCUAUACUAGAGACUCUUUAUUUUUUUUAAAUUUUUUUUUUUUUAAAGAGUUUAAGCCCUUUAAAGAUGGAGUAAAUUGUCCAGGUUCUGAACCAAAACAAACACUAGAAUUUUUGAGCUACAUGCUUGUGUAACAACACACUGAUAGGCCACCACAUUAAAACCACUGACAUGUUAAGUAAAUAACAUUGAUAAUAUUGUUACAAUGGCACCGGUCAAUGGGUAAGAUAAAUUGGGCAGCAAGGGAACAGUCGGUUCUUGAAUUCCAUGUGCUGGAAGCAGGAAAAAUGGGCAAAAGAAAAAAAAUUGAGUGCCAUUGACAAUGGCCAUACCUGAUUGCUAGGCGCCUGGAUCAGUGCAUCUUCAAAACGGCAAGUCUUGUGGGGUGUUCCCAGUAUGUAGUAGUUGGUACCAAAAAAAAGUGGUGCAAUGAAGGGAAACAGGUGAACUGGUGUUGAGUUCAUGGGAGCCCAAGGCUCAUUGAUGCAUGUGGGGAGUGAAGGCUAGCACAUCUGGUCCAUCUCAGAAGAGCUACUGUAGCUCAAAUUGCUGAAAAACAUACUGCUGCCCAUGAAAGGUGUCAGAACACACAGUGCAUAACAGUUUUUUUGCACAGCCACAGACUUGUCAGAGUGCCCAUGAUCACCCACGUCCACUGCUAAAAACGCUUUUAGUGGGGAUGUGAGACUUGGAUCUGGACCAUGGAGCAGUGGAAUAGCCUGGCCCGAUGAAUCACGUUUUCUUUUAGAUCGGAUAGGUGCCUGUGUGGUGGUGGUUUUGUUUACCUGUGGAAGAGAUGGCAGCAGGCUGCACUAUGGGAAGAAGGAAGGUCAGCGGAGGCAGGGUUAUGCUCUGUGCUGUGUUCUGCUGACAAACCUUGGGUCCUAGCAUUCAUGUGGAUGUAACUUUGACACGUGCCACCUAGAGAUUGUUGCAGACCGCAAUGGUGUUCCCUGAUGGUAGAGGACUUUUUCAGCAGGAUAAUGCUCCCUGCUACACUGCUAAAACAUUUUCAGUAAUGGUUUGAAGGACACUACAAAGAGUUGAAGGUGUUGCCACGGCCUCGAAAUUCCCCAGAGCCCGACCCAAUUGAGCACUGUGGAUGUACUGGAACCACUAUUCCGAUCCAAGCUCCAUGUGCUCCUUUGCUGCAGCAAUGAUCACAAGGAUAUAUAGGUUCAGCUGCUAAUGUUUUGGUGCCAGAAACAGGACACAUUCAGAGGUAUUGUGGAGUCCAUGUCUCCGCACAUCAGCGCUGUUUUGGCAGCAUGAGGAGGAACCUGCACGAUAUUUACUUUUUUUUUAUUAAAAAAAUAAUAAUUUGGUAAUUACAUUAACAAAGCAUUUGUACAAAUUACUAAUUUUUUACAUUUUGUAGAAGACCCUUCUUUUCAAUUUUGUAACACUUAAUAGAUAACACACACAAAUGGGGGGGCGGGCAGAAAACUAAAUCUAUAUGGUGUAUAGAGAACAUAUAGUAGGCAAGAAAAACUAGGGGGUAUCUUAAUUGUCUAUAGGAAAAACCUCUAUCUGGCCCUAAUUCAUCCUGAGCCUAUCCCUCACCUUACCCUAAGAGCUCUCCCUACACUAACCCUGCCUUUAUCUCUGUGACCAAAAGAUUCCCUACUCCUUACCCUAUCUGACCGUAUCCAUGUCCCUAUCUUUCCCUAGUGUGUGUGUGUGUGUAUAUAUAUAUGACUAGGGAAAGAUAGGGACAUGGAUAGGGUAAGGAGUAGGGUGUAUGUGUGUGUGUAUAUAUGUAUGCGCCCAAAAUGACUUGUAGUCUUCUACUUACUACCUAACUUAGGUCACCAUCAUGCACAAUUUAAUUUUUCACAAAUCUAAAGAAAGAACUUUAAGGAGGGGGGACAGUUUCUCACCUUCCAUCCCACCUCGGUACCCCCCAACCCAUAUCUGAAUGCUAUAUACCUUCCCUCCUGGGUAAAAAAGAAAAAAAAUAAUACCUACUUUUAUUGUGUUUUGUAUCACACCUACCCAAAUCUGCCUUCUAACCUCUGGAUUCAAGGCAUCUGAACCAAAUUUGGAAUCAAUAAGGAAUCCAUUCUUUAUGAUAAAAGUGCAGUUCAAGGGUCAGCCAGCAGAAGUGAUGCACCAAUGGAAAAAACAAAAUGCAUUGUUGACUACAAAAAAUAUAUGGUGGGGAGAUAAUGCACUGAUCAGACAAACUAUUAUUUAUAUAGCGCCAUCAGAUUCUGUAGUGCUGUACAAUGGGCCAGCCUUAUCUGGUUUACCUCAAAACAAAAACCAGUACAAAAAAUGCCACAUGCCUGACAGAUUGCACUUUCCAAUUCAUGCAUGCUGAGAGACUUUGCAGAAAGCACUUUGCUUGUAAAAUCUCCCCAACAAUCUUUAAAAAAAAAAAAGUGUAGUCUGUUGCAAAAAGAGGAGUUAGAAGAGAUUGUUUAUUUAUUAUUGCCCUUCCUGCUAUUCUCUAAAUGCGUUUCUAAAUGUUUUAAGUGUGCCAACAGCGUGAAUUUGAAUUAAAUCGUAGUUUUUAAACUUAAACACUCAUUCUUGCUGGCUGUGAUAAUUAUUUUUAAUAUUUCCAACCAAAUGAAGAUUUCAUUUAUAGAACAAUAAAUUUUCAGAUUAGUUUAACAGUUCUAUCAGAACUCUUUUUGUUCUGUACCAUUAGAAACACAUAGUUCUGCUUGCAAUAAUUUCAUCAUUAUCUAUCUCCAGUUUAAUAACGAUAGUUGCACUUAAUUGAGAUUAGCCAGCUAGCUCUAGGUCUGGGCUUGCUGAUGACACUCAUGAUUAUGCCAGAGGUGGAGCUAAAGGGUUAAUCUCUGUAGGUGCAGUGUUUCAAAGUGAAAUACUGCACAUACAGAUUCCUUGCACCAUGACCACUUCAAGUCACUGAAGUAGUCAUGGUGGUUGGAGUCACCCUUUCAAGUUCAACUAACAGGGCAGGAGAUAACAUCUUCUAAAGCCCAAAACUGCUCUUUCACAUAUAUGAUUUGAAAACUAAACUAUUUUUUUCAUUUAGGCUGUUAGUAACAGCUAGGGCUGCAUAAACAGAAACAAAAGUGAUGUAACUCCUAUAUGGCAGAGAAUUGAGCGGUGAGAUUGCAGAAGCGUGAUCUGAACACUAAAACUGCUUCAUUAAGCCAUAGUUGUUUUGGUGCAUAGAGUAUCUCGUUGUAAGAAUAAAUUCUAAAAGUGUGAAAAAUUAAGAAAUUUUUAUUUUUUUCCAAGUCCUGCAUUCCAUCAUCCCCCACCCCCCUGUGAAUAUCAUAGAAUGUAACAUACAUUUAGACUCCUUAAUGUCCCAUGAGUACCACACUUUGUACAGGUGUUUUUUGUUUGUUUUUGUUUUUUGUUAGUUAUAGGGCUGAAAUGGGCCUCAGUCUUCAUACUUGGAUAAUAGGCAAGUUGAUUGUUUUGUUCUACAUUGCCUUUGAGGCAGCGUGGCAGCCAAGGAAAGAGAACUUAACCCUUUUGGAAAUGGUAUGCCAUGAAAGGGUAUGUUCCCUUUUUCACACUGCUGUUUCACUGUUUGUAUCAUCAUCCUUCUUUGUUUUGCUGCUAUAAAACACUUAUAUUUGUAUUAAAUGAUGUCCCACGAAUUCAACCCUCAUGUUCAGGUUUUAUGGUGUUUUUUGAUAUUACAGGGCCAGUGAUAGAGCCUGUCCAUUUCUGUCUUCAUACAUGUUAAUUUGAUUUAUUUUCUGGCACUUUUAUGGCAUAGCAUAUUCAAAAGUAGUCAGCCCAAGGUAUUCUAAAUGGGGUAUUGAAAGUUGUUUGGUGUAGCCAUUUUAAAAUACAGGGACAGACCGAGUUCAGUGUAUUUAAUAAGCAGAGUAGUUGGUACAGACAGAUGACAGAGUAAUCAGAAUAACUGUCAGGGGUGGCGGACCGGUGACCCAGUAUGCCUGAUCUUGAAAGUAGGAGUCACUGUGUGGAAAUGGAUUCUCAGGGCCUGGUGCAUGAUAACCACACGCCCCCUGGUGUUGAGCACCAGCGUUUGUGCGGCCACAUACCAGGGCCCUGAUGCAGCUUCUGCGGAUCCCAGGUGCCAGAUGACAAUAUGCAGACCUCCCAGGAUCUGAAUAGGGAGGCUCUGCAGCAGAUAUGUAUCCAGUACUAGAAACAAGGCAAGACUCGAACAGGCACCUGACAAGACUAGAAGAACCCAGAACCGGAGCAAGGCAGAAAGCAGAACCCAGAACAUGUACACAAGACAUGAGGAAAAACAAGAACAGAGCAGGACAGGACUGGACAUGAACUGGGAAUACAAGACAAAAUAAAACCAGACUAAGAGAUACAAGGCAAAACAAGAGGAGACCUAACUAAGUACUAAUAUGUGCAAUAAACAUUGGAGAUUUAGACAUACAUAAAUGGCCAAGAUGUACGCAGCCCACCACUGCGUUAAAGUACUCCAAUUAAGGUGGAUCCUAGACUGCCUAGAUAUGCAUGACCAAAUAAACAAUAAUAAAACACACACAGUACUUACCUGCAAGAAAAGGGCAGAGUACUUGGAACAACUGCCUGCAGGAACCAACUGAAACAAAAGGAUUAAUGGAAAAGGAAAGGGUGUUGCAACAUAAAGCAAACAUAUAUAAAGGAAUCCAGGAGACUGGGAAUUCCAGGAACGGAAUGCAGGAAUGCACCCAGAAAACCAGACAUGGAAUUGAAAACCAGAAAAAACAUGAAAAACGAAACAAGAAUUGUAAAAAGAGUACUGGAUACCAGAAGCCAAGGCCAGACAUCUCCGCAGGAUGUGACAAUAACUAUCAACCAGUAAAUCAAGUCACAUACAGAGUCUUUUGAGUUUAAAGGGACACUGUAGGCACCCAGUUCUAAAAUAUAUAUAUAUAUAUAUAUAUAUAUAUAUAUAUAUAUAUAUAUCUCUAUCUAUCUACUGGUGAGAUUGCAGCCUCGGCAAGAGGGGAGAGGAGCACGAAGAGCAGCUCCAGAUCCCUCACUCCCACCAGCAGCAGGUCCAGGACUUCAAGCCACCCUUUUAGAUGCACAAAGUAAGCUACCAAGAGGGUGGCCGGAGAUAUAAAAAAAUAUCACUUGUAUGUUUAUGUAAGAUUGUGUGGGUGUGUGUCAGGGUGUGCAUCUGUGUGUAUUUGUCAGUUUGCUUCUCUAUGUCAAGGUGUGUGUAUUCAUGUCAGUGUUUGUAUGUGUGUGAGGGUGCAUGUAACUGUCAUAGUGUGAUUGUGUGUAUAUGUCAUUGUCCUUGCAGUCAAACACCAACACAACAUACAAUCAAUGUGCAGUCUAACACAAAUAUUACAUACAAACACACCCCUGCUUUUAAACUCCAAAAUUAUAUACAAACACAAAUGCUUCACACAAAUGUACCCUACAUUGAAAAAUUAUAUCCUUGACUAUUCUGUUUUUGCAAGUAUGCAUCUAGUUGCUGUUUGAACAUCUAUAUGGACUCUGAUAAAACCACUUCUUCAGGCAGAUAAUUCCACAUCCUUAUUGUUCCUACAGUAAAAAAAAAAAACCUCUUCUUUGCCUUAGAUUAAAUCUCCUUUCUUCCAGCCUAAAUGUGCGACCUCAUGUCCUAUGUAAAGUCUAAUUUGUGAAUAGAUUUCCACACAAUGGUUUGUACUGGCCCCGAAUAUAUUUGUAUAAAGUUAUCAUAUCCCCUCUCAGGCAACGUUUUUCUAAACUAAAGAAGUUUAAAUUUGUUAACUGAUCAGUGUUAUUACAUGAAAGUGUUAAAACGUACUGUUUGAAUUCAUUGGCUGUGACAUUGUAACAGUGAUUCCGGUGACAGCCUGUCACCACAAUCACAUGACUAGGGCAGCACUGAUUGACUGCUGGGCCUGCACAGGUAGCCAGGCAGGUCCAUCAAUGGGAUUCAGAUCGGUGAGUAUGCAAGUAAGGAUGUGUUAUUACGACCUAACAUUUUGGAAACCCAUGCUUUUCAUGGCAUAAUGACCAGUAAUAAGGUUGCAAAAGGGUUAAACAGCUUGAAAAUUGCUUAACACUGAAUGGAGGGAAGGCGCCCAUGGACUCCAGCACUAAACCAAUUCCGUAAGAUUAAGUGUUUAUACAUCCGAGCUGUAGGUUCUAGGAGAGGGCUCAAACGGAUUCACACUCGGAAGACAGAGAGGCCCAUAGACUGUUUACUACAGCUCAUUGUAGUAGAAGUGGUGCAGUUUUGGUGCUUACAUUGCCUCUGCAAGCUGCCAGCCUCUCAAAUUGGGACUGGUCAUGGUUUUAAACUUCAUAAUCAGUUUUAAAUUAUUUGGAUUUUGUAUGUGUUCAGUGGGCCCAACUAAUUUUAGUUAGAUUUUAUGUGUUCAACACUUUUUGGACAGCGCAGGUAACUUUUUUCCUUUGGUUUUUACUAUAUAUAUUGGGGCUGUGGUCGUUGCUGCCGCCCAGGAGUAUUGGGAGUGAGCGCAGGACUUAUCUUUUUGUAUUUGUAUUCACUUUUUGGAUAGUUUAUGUCUUCAUGGAUUUUCUUUAAGUGCAUAGAUAUUAAUUUUCGUACAUUGCUUUUUGUCUGUUUUUGUCACAAGUGUAAGUUCUAUGGAACUGACAGUUCCUCAUUUCACAACCCUUGUAAAAUCUUUUGCUGUUAACUGGGGUGAACAUUGCAGCCUAUGUGGACAACUCAGCAGCGGUUAAAGUGGCUCUGUCACCUUCAGAGGUCUUUGCAGAUAUUGUAGUUUCAGCUCCCCCAAAUAUCCCAUAGUGCGCACAUCAGAAAAAAAGAUGGGGAGCUCAUCUAGCUUCUUAUAUGAACCAAGGCAUAUGGAGUCUGUAAGUAAAAAUAUAUGGAUAGAGAAUAAUUUUUAUCAAUGAUACCUGGGUAUUGCUGUCUGCCUGUGGCCACGCAGCCUGCUUCUGGAUUCUCCUGCAGAAGAAUCUGGUUAGCUAUAGAUAGCUAAUCAGAGCCUUUCUGCAUUGCACUCAGCGGAGUAUUCUCAGCCAUUGAGUGCAGGUGUCUGUCGGUCUGCUUAAUUUGGUGACUGCAUCUGGCUUCUCCUGCAGGGGAAGCCUAUUUAAUCACCAUUUUUUUUCUGUUGUAUACCGUCGCUAUAGGAGGGAUAUUUUUCCUUAAGGUGGACAAAGAAAAUCCACCCCUUCGUGCCUUAAAUAACUACAAGCAGCCCACAGCAUCCGGUUCCACUUGUCUCAUGUGCAGGACAGACGGGAGCCUCUGGAUCAGAUUCGGACGGUGAGGUGCGCAUGUUGCAACCUGGGGGCAUGGCCAGAUAGUUCCCUGGGUGGAAAACUAUAAGGCAGCCAUCCAGGAGCCCGACAAAAGUAAAGGAACAAGUCAGGUAGUAGUCUGUGUUUGUAUUUUUUUUUAUUUUUUUUUAAAUGGCUCUUCAGAAGUGCACAAGUCUCUAGAGGUGGCUUUGGGAGGUGCUGAGAAGGCAUGGAGUCUUCAACCAAAUGCAGAUCACGCUACAGAAUAUACGCAAACUCAAUUGCGUUUCUGCUGCCAAUUUUGACAUAUUAGGUGCCUAUUUAAGCUGUGCAUACCUGUCUGAUAGCCAGGGUGCUUGUCAGUACAGGACUACAGUGUCACCAGCAACCCCCUCCUCCCUCCGUGGUUCUGUGGUCUUUAAGGUAAUGAAUAUACCUUUUCUUUUAACUUAAAGUCUUCAUGGCUAUUUCUUCUCUCACAAGGCUUCGAUUUAAUAUAUUUUACAGAUGAUUUUUCCUAUCUCCCAAGAUAAGAUGGAUAAACCAUAUAAGCCUGUUUACCACAUCUCCAAGACUUAAGGCAUCUUGCAAAACAAAGCAUCUCGCUUGUAUUGAAUGUGCCAUCCGAACAGCUGUAAGAAAAAGAUUUGUAACUAAUGCUCAACAGAAUAAUUUGAAAGAGCUAAACAAGAGGAGGUGCAUACAUUUCUUAAAUGGUUCCACGUAAACCUCUCCCAGACUUAUGAGACAUUUUAAAAAACCAGUUGCUAAAUCCAAAGAUUCUACAUCUAUGAGUGGCAGAACCAGUAAAGGAAAGAAAAUGCAGAUGUCCUUGUCGUCAGGCGAAUGCUCACAUUGGUCAGACACACCUAUCCAGGGUUUAAUCAAGUUUGUUAAAGGACCACUAUAGUGCCAGGAAAACAUACUUGUUUUCCUGGCACUAUAGUGCCCUGAGGGUGCCCCCACCCUCAGGGUCCCCCUCCCGCCCGGCUCUGGAAGGGGGAAAGGGUUUAAAACUUACCUUUUUCCAGCGCUGGGCGGGGAGCUCUCCUCCUCCGAUCCUCCUCUUCUCCUCCCCGUCAGCUGAAUGCGCACGCGCGGCAAGAGCUACGCACGCAUUCAGCCGGUCACAUAGGAAAGCAUUCAUAAUGCUUUCCUAUGGACGCUGGCGUGCUCUCACUGUGAAAAUCACAGUGAGAAGCACGCAAGCGCCUCUAGCGGCUGUCAAUGAGACAGCCACUAGAGGAAAUAGGGGAAGGCUUAACCCAUUCAUAAACAUAGCAGUUUCUCUGAAACUGCUAUGUUUAUGAAAAAAUGGGUUAACCCUAGCUGGACCUGGCACCCAGACCACUUCAUUAAGCUGAAGUGGUCUGGGUGCCUAGAGUGGUCCUUUAAAUAGAUGGUGUCUGUUAUGGGGAAAGGUGAUAUUCUACAGAAAAAGGGAAGGGUUUCCCAUUGCAUCCAAAAUAUUCAUGCCUCACAAAUGGUUCUUAUCUGCCUUCACAUUCUAUGUAAUCUGGAAUGGAAAAGCCCGGAAAAGAGAGGCUUUAUUUCUAAGCAUUUUAAACAGAUCUUAAUAUACAAGAUUCUGAAAACUAGAAAGAAUUGCAAAAGGUGGAUGUGCAAGUCACACCGUUAUAUAAAAAAAAAAAAACACUAUACCCCUUGGAGAAUUAACUGGGCUCAAUGAUCCAAUGGACAAGCAUGCAGGGGCAAUGCUAUAAGAAAGAGAGCAGUUAAAUAUAUGCAUUCAGGAUGACAAAAGUCAGGGGCAAAGAGAUCUGAAAAGGUGAGAUGGGACGGAAGGAAAGGAGAAGCAAAGCCACCUCCUAUUCAGUAGCUGGGGAGAAUAACUGAAGGGUGGGAAGGCACUGUGCAGAUACUGAGGUGAGAAACAAAAACAAUCAAGGAAAAAAGCAGAGGAGAAAUACUCAUGAGGGAAUGGGAGAGAUCAGAUAGGUGAAAGUCAUGCAUUGUAAACCUAGAUUAACAAGACCCAGUGCAAUAACUCUAACACUAACAAAAAUAAACAAAUAUUUGACAGAGAGUUGAGCAUGGACGGUACAAUGGUCUUCAAUUAAACAGUAAUGUUAUAUAGGAUGAAGGUAGAUCGGAAUACAAUAGAAAAAUAAGAUUGUUAGAAUAAGUAAGGCCAGUAUCUUGAAUAUAUUUAUCUCAGUCCUGUGUGCAAACUUAAGAAUGUUUGUUUGGGGCACAUGCUCUUACUUCAACCAUCAUGACCAUUUUUUCUUUUAGAAGUGGUCAUAGUUUUAGGAUAUAAUAAUUUUUGUGCUAGGUACUCUCCAGGCACAUGUGACAGAGCACUGGCCUGCCUAAUGUCAAUACUAUGCAAAAAUAAAUGUCCGCUCACUGACAGACAUACUGAGGUUUUACCUUUGCAGGUACCACCUGCAAGAGGAAGUGUUCAUCUCCCUUCCAUCGUAUAACACCUUCCCUCUCUCCUCAUUCUCCCUAUCCCCUUAAUCAACCGUUUUUUUGUUGUUGUUGUUUUUUUUUAUUUUAUUUUUUUUCCAUCUCCUGUUCAGCACCAUUCUCUCCACUUACCAGCUCAGACCGCCCACAUGCGCUCUGAACUGAUUUAAAUGGAAACUAUAGGCACCCAGACCACUUCAGCUCAUUGAAGUGGUCUGGCUGCAAUGCCCCUUAACCCUACAGCACAGUAGUAAUUAUUGCAGUUUCUGAGAAACUGCAAUAAUUACCUCUCAGGGUUAAUUCCACCUCUAGUGACUGUCUAUCAGCCACUAGAGGGUCUUCCGGGUGUUUAGACUGCUUUUGGUUGUUCAAAUGACGCUGGACGUCCUCACGAUAUGCAUGAGGACAUCCAGUGUUAAAGGAAUCCUAAUGCGAGCGCGGCCAUUUCCGCGCAUGCACAUUAGGUCUCCCCCCCCACCUAAUGUAAAUUCAAUCACCCCAGCCUCCCUACCUUUUGAGAGUGCUGGGGUGGAUUCUCGCUUUCCCUGGGGUCCAGUGGGACUGCUGGGCGGCUGGCCAAUCGCUGCAGUCGGCGAGGGAGCACUAAUCCUCCUGUUCCGCUCCCUUGCGCGCCGCGUAGUGAUGACUGGGCCAGAGUGACGUCAUUUUCCGGCUCCGGCAUCACUGCGGUGCACGCAGGGUAGCUGAACAGGAGGAUCAGUGCUCCCUUGCCGCCCGCCUGGAAAAUGCCGCUGCUGCCAGCCUCGGGGGCCCUUUUUUUCCACCCUUGGAAAGUGCUGCCCAAUGCAAAUGCCUUGUCAGCCUCGCGGUAAAUACACCACUGGCUGCCGUGACUUUACCAGACUGGCGGUGGAAACUUACCUGUUUUUUGGGGGGGGAAGGGGAGCAAGACAGUAGGCCCAAUAAUGCAUUCCUGAUUAAAUGUUGAAUAAAAAUGGGUUGGAGUAACCAUUUAAACAUCCAGAGGUAGACAACUUUUGGCACUCCAGAUGUUGUGGUCUAUAGCUCCCAUAAUGUUUGUGCAUCCAUAAUACUGGUAGAGUAUCAUAGGAGAUGUAAUCCACACAACAAAUGGAGUGCUGAAUGUUGCCUAACACUGCUGUAAGCCUCAAAAUGAAUGCGGCACUGUCCCCCGAAAAAUUUGCAUUUUAUAAAGAUAGAAUUUUUAUGAAAUACUCAUUUUGACUAUGGUUGAAUUUCUCUGAAAUUAUAACCCUGUCAAGAGAGCUAAAGUACAGACUACUUUGUCUCUGUAUGUCUCCUCUGCCUGACUUUCUUUGACUUGGGAUGGAGUCUCUGUAAAUACCGACCGCUGUCACCAGUGUCUAGGGAGGAUCCCACGGUCUUGCAGGAUGCACCAUAGACCUCAAUGCUGUACUCAUGCACAUCAAGAUGGCUGCGUCCUUGAGGGAUAGGUUCAGGUAAGUAAGUCUCACCUUUACCUGUAUUGUGGCUUUCCCAACUAGAGGAGAUGUGGGUAGGGGAACAAUAAAAAGACAAAUCUCUCCAGGUAGAAUAAACUCAAAAGACUGCAGGGGAAAAAAAUCUGUGCACCAAUAACUUUAGUAAACUGAAGUGGUGUUGGUGCUUAGACUGACCAUUGCAAUUCUGAUUACCCUAGUCAUAGACUUUAAGGGACUUCAGGCUUAAUGAUUAGUGCAAGAAUCACAACACCUUUUCUUAGUUGUUCACAGUGCCUGUGUAUAUUGCGGAACUGCCUCAUUUGUGGGGCUUACAGCAGUUGCCAGGUACAAGAUAAUCAACAGUGGUUGCUUCCAGCCUUACAUCACUGGCUGAGACGGCUAAUCAUUUUUACAAUGUUUCAGAAAUCAUAUUACUAUUCUGUUUCAUGUGUGAGGCAUCUAUCAACAAUCUAAUACAUUCUGGAAUUAGCUUGUACAGAAGCCCAUAUGAAGCUGCUGCUACAUGAUACCACAAUGAUUGGAUUCCUAGGGCAGCCUUCAGAGUUUAUUGCUGGACUGUCUCACUAGUAUAGCAUUUAGUAAUAGUUGUGCCUUGCCACUAUAGGGAAGAUCAAUGGCUCAGAUUGACUGGGUACAUCAUCAAGACACUUUGUGAUGACUAACCAUGUACAUUGGCCAUCAAUGAGUUAAAGAGGAAUAUGAAAAUUAUGGAUCCAUGCAUUCCUAGUAAGCAUUUAUCUGUAACUAUGUUCCCUCUACUGAGGCUUUAUGAUUCUUUAUAUGAAUGUUACUUUGGUUACUAUCCAGCUCUCUUAUAGGAAGAAUAAAGAUGAUUAUAUGAGUUUUAGUAACUGGAUUGUCUUAUAUUAAUUGAUGAAUUGAUUAACAGAGGAAAUUAAUAAAAAAAAAAAUUUUUUUUAAAAGUAACAAUUUAUUCAGAAAAUGUGAUUUGGACAUGUAUAUUUGUAAUUUUGUUUAAAUUACAUUAUCUAUUACUCUUCAUUUUUAUUACUAUAUGUAUCAAAUUAUGUGCACUAUUUUGCUAUAGGCCCAUGUGGAUUACAUUGUGUCAAAUGUUGUUGUGUUUAUACAGUGUACCACAUGAGUAAUUGGCUCUCACACACAUUGCACUAUGGUUCCAGUGGAAGCCGUUUCCCUAGGGAUAUAGUCACCACGUAUGGUGAACAUGUGUUAUGACAUAGAUUCACAUGAGUGCAGCAGGACGUACGCCUAUGCGUCUUCCAGCAAAACAUGAAAGGAAGUGCCGGGGAACCUCCGGUGAAGCGGAUUCCGUGGGGUGACGUUCUAAGCACCUUGAAUGUUUUGUUAAUUGUUUUAUCGGAGUGGGUAUAUAUUUGUGUGUGUUGCAAUGGUAUUUAGACUUGAUAAAGACCACAUGGCAUUGUUGAAAUGUCAUUAUGUGCUCUGAUUUCGAUUAAAGACUGUUUCCCAGUUGGAAUGCUGGGAUUUGUAAUGUUCAUAUUGAUUCUACAAGGGAUUUAGCCACCCUGUUUCCUUGAUUGCACUACUGCAGUCUGAGCAGCACUCUUCCACAAAGAUUUCAUGGACAUACCUCUGCUCUUUCCAAAGAGGAGAGAGAGCUUGUGUAUGGCAAAUAAACAGUGCAUGGAGUUUAGUUGAGGAUUCUGGGUCUGAAAAGAUAGUGCUAAAGAUUCCAAAAUUUUGAAAAAUAAAUUGGUAACCAGAUUAAGAAAAAAUUGCAUUAAUAAUUUACUUAUUUUUACAUUGUAAAUAUUUUUAUUUUUUUAUUUUUUUUACCUUAAUGUUAACUGUAAUCAUUAAAAAAAGUGGAAGGAAGGUAAUUUCCCAAUUAAAAGCAGUGACUGCAGGGGAAGGUGUGAAGCGGACUCUUGCCAUUUAGCGGUCCUUUUCAGAUCCUGGUGCUUCAUCUGACAGGGAGCGUCAUACGCAUGAGAGUAUAACACUGAUGCCUGUGGACGUGCCUUCUUCUCCUCUACAGCCGUCAUAGUGACUGCUGGAGUAAAUGACAACUUGACGACUGUAGCUCCACCUUUAUCAGAUCUUGUCAGGCGUAGGAAAAAUGCAUGAGUCAAAGUAGUUUUUAUUUUAUAAUUGUGAAAUACAUGUUUUUGUGGGAAGGGGGAGCAGUGACACCUGCUUUUAAGGUUUUUCCCUGCCUGCCCUACAACCAGGGAUAUGCUGUCAUCCUUAGUCUAUUGGUUCCAUAUUGAAUAUUGGUUACAGUUAAGCAGAUACUCUAAGCACCAAAACCAAUUUAAACGUAAUUAAUCCGUUAAGUGUAUAGAAUAUAGAUAAUGUCUGUACUAUCACUGUUGAAUUCUGACUAUUACGAGUUAAAUUCCUUUUGUUUAUGCAACAAUAGCCACACUUUCCCUGGGCUGUAACUCACACUGCCUCCAUGAAAAAAAUAAAUUUAAUAUUUCAUUCAGAUGCAACAGCACAUUGUGUCAGCCACCUACCUUUCUCCAGGGCUGGGUCCCUCUGUGCUAUGGAACUCUCCACCCCCUGCCGACGUUAGAUCCGAAUGAGCAUGAGUGGCAAGAGCCGCGCGCGCAUUCAAACAGCCCAUAUGAAAGCAUUACUCAAUGCUUUGCUAUGGAUGUCCAUCGUCUUCUCGCUGUACUUUUCACUGAGAAUCACGGAAGCACCUCUAGCGGCUGUCAGUGAGACAGCCACUAGAGCCUGGAUUAACCCUCAGUGAAUAUGAUUUCAGCUGCAGGGUUAAAACUAGAGGGACCUGGAACCCAGACCACUUCAUUGAGCUGAAGUGGUCUGGGUGCCAACAGUGGUCCUUUAAAUAUUGGAUCUCUCUUGAGAGAUACUGUGUAGGUCACAUGCAGGAGAGGUGUGAAUGGGCUGCAUAGACAAUUAACUCCUAGAACAAAUUGAGCUGUUAAACUGCAGCGGCAUGAUUUAUUCACCAAAACACCCCAUUAAGCUCAUAUUAUAUAUUGUCCCUUUAGUGUACGCUUUAAAUGUCUACAGAAAUUAAUUUUAUAAAUCCAUUCAGGUCCUGUGUGAUAAAAUGCAGAAUCAAGUGAAUAAUUAGCUCUAGAAAUAUCUGUACAAAUAGAAGCAACCUAAUAAAGUGCUCACACACAAAUAAAAAUAUUAACACUAUAAGGUGCGCUGUGCAAACAAACAAUUUGUAUAUUGUGACCACAUUAGCAAUUUUCAAAUAUCACCUUCCAAAUCACAAUAUACUGGUACAUGUCAAACACACAAAGUGCACUAUGCCCUUAAUGGGACACUGUAGGCAUCCAUACCACUUCAUCUCAUUAAUGUGCAGUGCCCCUGUUCCCUUAACCCUACAAUGUAAAACAUUGCAGUUUUAGAGAAACUGCUUUUACAUUGCAUUGUUAAGACUGCCUGUAGAGGGCCUUCCUGUUUCACGUUUUGCAUUGAGUAAAUGCUUUCCUAUGGAGAAGACCUAACAUUUGCGCCUUGGAGGAGCCAGAUCCAGCAUCAAGGGACAUCUGCACUGGAAUCGGAUAAAGGUGGUUUUGCUUGUUUCUCCGGGGGAGGGCGGGUGCAGUAGCAGAGGGACACUAGUGUUUGGAAUAUAGCUUUGCAUUAAAGGAACACUAUAGUGUUAGGAACACAGAUGCAAUUGCCCCAAAGAUGAAAAAGAAGGGGGAAACCCUCACAGUAGUUGUUCUAAAUUUCAACAUAAAAUGUACAUACAAAAAGGAGAAAAUAUAGAGUGUAAAACUUCAGGGCUUAAAUAUACUGAAACUAAAACUGCCAGAAUAUUCACAAAUGGAUAGUAGGUUAAAGGACCACUCUAGGCACCCAGACCACUUCAGCUUAAUGAAGUGGUCUGGGUGCCAGGUCCAGCUAGGGUUAACCCAUUUUUUAAGAAACAUAGCAGUUUCUGAGAAACUGCUAUGUUUAUGAAUGGGUUAAGCCUUCCCCCAUUCCCUCUAGUGGCUCUCUCAUUGACAGCCGCUAGAGGCGCUUGCGUGCUUCUCACUGUGAUUUUCACAGUGAGAGCACGCCAUCGUCCAUAGGGAAGCAUUGAUAAUGCUUUCCUAUGCGACCGGCUGAAUGCGCGCGCAGCACUUGCCGCGCGUGCGCAUUCAGCCGACGGGGAGGAGAGAAGGAGGAUCGGAGGAGGAAAGCUCCCCGCCCAGCGCUGGAAAAAGGUAAGUUUUUACCCAUUUCCCCCUUCCAGAGCCGGGCUGGAGGGGGACCCUGAGGGUGGGGGCACCCUCAGGGCACUAUAGUGCCAGGAAAACAAGUAUGUUUUCCUGGCACUAUAGUGGUCCUUUAAGACUGCUCAUGCUGUAAAGGCUCUGAGAUAUCCUGCAACAGGUGCAUUAAUUUGUAGUUUGCCUGGGGGUAUUGAACAAUGGAAAGCUUAGAAAUUUCAUUCCACAAAGCUAUAAAAGGAUGUGCAUAGAGAAAAAAACACACCCUAUUAUCCUCACAAUAAUAGUAGUAUAAAUUGGCUUUAGACAUCCAGUCCCAGUUACCAGUACACUAGAAACAGAUGUCCUGUACCCCAGUCUGCGCCGCCUGACCACACUACACUGAGUGAAGGGUAGGAGGGAGCGCUGUGCGCUACCCUUUUGCCGGUCACUCAAAUCUGGCGCCCCCUCCGGGCCGGUGCGCCGUAGGCGACUGCCUAAGUUGCCUAUAGGACGCGCGGGCGCUGUGGUACAAUGCAUGAUGGCGCAGUUCUCCUGUCACCGCGACAGUCUCAUUUCCCCGUAUUUAAACGCCUUGUGUCCACCCACACGGGGCUAUUCCACUAUCACAUACAGACAAAAAUGUAUCGAGCACCUACUGUCUUAAAGGAGCCAAGGAAGGCGAUUAGGUAUAUUUAAAAUAAAUAAAUAAAAAGGUUGCAAAAUGGAGGGCGGCGGGUAGCAUUAGGAGGAACUGCACAGAGGGGGUGAGAAUUAAGCUUCCCCUUUCAGGCACGCUGCCUGCAAGGGAGAAGCUGACCACAUCUGUUGCCAGCAAGCACAGCAUGAAGUAAUUUUUGCACAGAAUUGGCAGUACAUUACAUAUGCCUGGGUUACAACUAGCCCACGGCACAAAAGUGCAAAUAUGUGCAGAAUUUCAAGCUGACACACUGCACAUGCAGACUCCUAUCAACAUGACCACUUUAAAAAGUCAAAGUAGUCCUAAUGGUUGGAGUAACCCUUUAAGUAUAAAAGAGGCUAAUUGAUGUGUCUUCAAUGGGUUAAAGGACCACUAAAGUCCCUCAGACCAUCUUUAUGUCCUUUUAACCCUGCAAUGUAUAACUUUGCAGUUUUAUAGAAACUGCAAUGUUUACAUUGCAGGGUUAAACACACUUCUAGUCGCUGUCUUCCACUCAACUAAUAGAGGUGCUUUCUCUACAAUGACAGAGUAUACUUAUGUCCUAUGAAGUGGCAGCUCAUAAGAAAAAAUAAUUUGUCUGUUGCGCUUACUGCUUUAACUACAGUAAUGCCUUACUACAUUUAUUUUAAUUACAAAGAAAUUUUAAAAAUAUUUUUAAUCACCGUUACCCUUUAAUCCUAGAAGGAGAUUUAGGGAAUACAAUUGACAAGUAUUAUUAAGGUUACCAUGCAACCACUUCAGGACAUCUAAUGAAGUCUUGCCUUUACACUGGUGCUUCUUCGUCUUGAUAAAAUGCCCAUCUUCAUUUCAAGAAAGUAUAAAGAACAAAAAUAGCAUGGGUACAAAUAGGAUGAACAGAAAAACAUGCAUUCAAUCAAAUCUUCAGAAUUUAUUCACAAAGGUUCAGAAUGCUUAAAACAACAGAAGGGCACAGCAAAAAAAACAUAAUGGAACUAUCCAAGCACCAUAACCACUAUAGUGGUUCUAGGUGCACCUUGGUCCCUCCAUAAGUAAGUAGUUAAACCAUUUACUAAUGGUUGGCAACUUGCUUGGGGCUCUUUUUUUUUGGUUUGUUUGUUUUUAACCUUCUUUAGCUAAACCUGCCAUGCACAGCCAGCUCAUUGACUGACUGAGAACAUCAGUUGAUCAUUUCUUAACCCCUUAAGGACCAAACUUCUGGAAUAAAAGGGAAUCCAGACAUGUCGUGUCCUUAAGGGGUUAAACUAUGAGCUUAGCUCAAUGUGAGAGCUUUGGGCUGUCGAACAGUCUGUGAUUGCCACUCAGCAAGCACCAGAUGAGUUGUCAUACCAUAUGUAAAUGGUUUGACUACUUGCAUAAGGGUGGUGCCAGGAGACAGAUGGUAUUAUAACCAUUUCUGUAUGCUCUAGUGGUUAUGUUGCCUGGGGGUGUUCCUUUGGAGCAUUUUAUGCAGAAGUGCACAUAAUUGUUAGAACCAUGUUUAACAUUGUAUAUAAAAAGGAGAUCGGUAGGCAAACCAUGUUAUUAAAGGGACACUAUACUCACCAGGACGACUACAGCUUAAUCUAGUGGUUCUGGUGUCUACAGCCUGUCCCUGCAGUCUUUUCAAUGUAAACGCUGCCUUUUUAGAGAAAAAACAAUGUUUACAUUGCUGCCUAGUAACACUUCUAGUGGCAGUUACUCAGUAAGUGGAUGAUCCAACCUCAUGCUGCUGAGUGGCAUUACCAACAAAAACAGCUGUUCAUGGUGAACCGACUUUGCAUCUCUUCCUGAGUUGUUUCAAAGCUGUUGUAUACAGCAAACAUAAUCUUCAAGGAAUCCAUGUUUAAAAUGGAAUAAUGAAGCAAAAAGGUGAUGCUUUGCUGAACACAUUUGCAUAUGCAAAAUUAUUAUUGUAACCCUCUCCUGAUUGGUCUUCCCAAAAGCCGUAUUACCCCGCUAUAGUCUGUAAUGAAUGCUGCCGCCAGAUUGAUUUUCCUUUCUAGUCUGUCCUCUCACACCUCACCUCUCUGUUAGUCCUUACAUCGGCUUCCUUUGAGUCAAUUCAAAGUGCUAACCCAUACAUAAAGUACUGAACAAUUCUAGCCCCUCUUAUAUCUCUUCACAGAUCCAUAGUCUAUAGACCUCAUAACUUCAUUAAGCUGUAGUUGUUCUGGUGACUAUAUUGUCCCUUUAAGGGGUGAAUAAAACUCUUGAUAUUUUCAGGAUAUAUAUUGGCACAUUGAUCAGUGAUCUACAGUAUCUGGCAGAAUGACUCUCCUUGCAUAGACUCAUAUGUUUGAUGUUUCCUCCUUGCUUCUAACAAUUUGAAUAAUAAUGAUCCAUGUACUCUGAGUUCUUGCUCCCAUUUAUCUUUACAAGGUAGCCCUUUGGACACACUUUGAAAUGUGCAUAAAUGCUGCAGAUUAAGCCCAACCUAUACGUGAAAUCUAUUUUUAAAUGUAAACUUCCACUCUGGGUGUUGUGGAUCUUUUCUGUAAGGGUGGAAAAAAAAAUGAGAAAUAUUGUUGGCAUUUAAAUGCAAAGAUGGGUAACACCCUGUUGGUGUGUUGUAAUCUGGAUAUUUUAAAUCUGGCAUAGGAAGGAGAGUUAUGAUAGAGGUAAGCUGUAAACAUGUAAUCAUUUUUUCUUACCAAUCUGCGGCACACAAGUUGCAUUAGCUAUUUCAAUGUUCAGAGGAGGCUCUUGUCUUUAAUCCGUAUUUUUAACGGAGGCCUUUUAGGUUCAUUGCUAGUUAGAAGUACGAUUUUUAAAUCCCCAAGUGUUCAUCCACCUCCUUUUAUUUAUUCUGGCGGCAACUGUACCUCUUCUGUGGAUCAGAAAUCUCCAAUAAAGUGCAUAUAGAAAAUGAAAAACAGAGAAAAGGAGCACACAAUAGUGAAAAUACCUUUUAUAGUGGUAUUAAAAACUAUAUACAGCUGUAUUGGUUUUGCUCACCUUAACCAGGAGCCCAUAAUAUACUGGCUCUAAGUGUGAAGACACAUUGCCAGAUAAGAAGUGGCAAUGCCCCCCCUUUUUGUUUUCCAAACCCAAAGAUGUAAGGAUCAGGCUGAUAGACUAAGGUGGUGAUAGUUAAAGGACCACUAUAGUGCCAGGAAAACAUACUCUUUUUCCUGGCACUAUAGUGACCUGAGGGUGCCCACACACUCAGGGACCCCUUCCCGCUGGGCUGGAUGGCGAGGAAAGGGGUUAAACUUACCUUUUUACCAGCGCCGGGCGGGGAGCUCUCCGCCUCCGAUCCUCCUCUUUGUCUGCGCAUGCGCGGCAAGAGCUGCGCGCGCAUUCAGCCGGUCUCAAUGCUUUCCUAUGGACACUUGCGUCUUCUCACUGUGAUUUCCACAGUGAGAAGCACGCAAGCGCCUCUAGCGGCUGUCAAUGAGAUUUGGAGGCUGGAUUAACCCAUUUAUAAACAUAGCAGUUUCUGUGAAACUGCUAUGUUUAUAAAAAGGGGUUAAUCCUAGAGGGAACUGGCACCCAGACCACUUCAUUAAGCUGAAGUGGUCUGGGUGCCUAGAGUGGUCCUUUAAAGUAUAUACAUUUAAUAUGUCAAAAAAUUAACAUAAAAGUAAAUUACAUAUAGUUAACUGUAUCGCACUUUGAUAUUUUAAGGUGGUGGUAUAUCACCUAAACAUUGCGGGGUUUUUUGCUUUAUUUCUCAUAGUUUAUUUGCUACUUUUAUUCAAUCUUGCUAUUGGCUAACCUAAUAUUAUUAAGUGCUAUACUGGGUGAAGUGGGUAUACUGGCAUUACUUUAGGUCUUUUCCUUCUGUAGAACUUCUCCUGACAAUCGGCUAGUGAAUAAUUAGUGGAAGAAUAGGUGCUAGUGUAUCCGGCCCUUUUCUGCAAUGUUGUGCAUAACCUUGAACAAAAGAAAAUUCAGCGAUAAUUAUACAAAAUAUUAUUCAAUUCCGAUAUGAAAAGGGUAAGCACCAUGGGUGUCAUGGGCUCAAAUAUAUAAAAAGAAAAAGGAUCCGUCAAAGUCAGGUAACCGCCAGGUUCGUUGCGUUCUUGAUCACCGGGGUGAAUAGGACGAUGUUAGCUAGGUCCCAAGUUGUAGGUGCAGGUGUUGCAUUGUGGCUCUGACCUAGACUGGUCAGGACUGUCUCCAUCUCUGAAAGCGUUCCAAGAAAGUGUUGCAAUCCCCAGCGGUAUUUGAUACACUUACCUUCUACCUUUACUCGUAAGGGGACGGAGUGACUUCCGCCGCUUCAUGGUCAUGUGGGAGAGGUUGGAGUAAAAGGCAAUGUCCAUCUCCUCGAACCGGUAUUGGGUUUGUUAUAUUUUUUUAUAAUACAUACCUUUUUUUUUUUUUGUGAUUGUUUUUAUUUUGGACUUUGCAUAAUUGAGCAUUAAUUAACCUUUUAAUGUGCUAAUACACGUGUGUUUUUUUUGUUUUUUUUUACACUCUAGCUAUUGGCUUUAUCCCUGAGGGUUAGAACCCAUUCAUCUGUGUAAUAACUAUCCACAAAUUUUCAAUUCUUUUAUGCAACAGAUUUAGAAAAUCUUACAUAUAUUGUUCAGUAAAGGAAACAGAAACAUGAAUAAUGGCUUUAAACAUCUUCAUGACUGAGGAUUACCAUGGCCUUGCCACAUUUCCUCAUCACUUUGACUGUAAUGAGUGGAGAUAUGUGUCAUGGGGGUUCAGAGCAAGCUGGCAUUGGCAUGAGGGAGUUGUUGGACGUCCAGACUGUUGUCUUUCCUUACACACAGGACCUCUUAUAUCUCUCUCUCUUGAUGCUCUACAUGUGCUCCACAAGUCACGCAGCAAAAUAACUGCAGCAUGAGACUGUACCAUAAUCAGAGAUGAUCUGAUAAAGGGCCCCACAUACUUUUUAAGGUGCACUGUUGAUAUUUCCAUCUCAGUUUCAUGCACAUAAUAAUGCAGGGGUGUGGAAAUUAAAAAAACAAACAAACCACAAACUACUUAUCCAGGGACUAAAGCGUUUGCCCAAUUUACUUGUCCGCCAUGACAAUCUGCUUGUCCUGAUACAAAAAAUAAUUUUAAUCCAAACUGUUUUCAAAGAAGUUAUUUAUCGAUAGUAAUUUAGGUAACAGUGAGGGAAGGGGUGACUGGUGACACAUUGAGACAGGAAGUGACUGAGGGAAGGAGGGGGUGACACCGUGAGGGAGGGUGUUGGAAAUACACUUUUUUUUUUUUUUUUUUUUUUUUUGGUAGUCCAGUGGGCUUUCCCUCCAGUCUGCAACUCCGGGUGCUGGACUAAAGGACAAAAUAAACAACCUUCCUGGCGCCCGGAACUGCAUGUCCUGGGCGUCGGGCGAUACGAACUGCACAUCCCUGUAAUUUAUGUAGAAGUAUAUUUUACUAGAAAGAAAAGAGAGGCAUAUAUAUUUAUUUUUUUCCCGGACUCCUAUCUGGAUAACUUUUGAAACAUUUUAAAAACAAAGGCCUUUAAAAAAAAAAAAAAAUUUUUUAAAAAAGAUGCGUGAGUUUAAAGGGACUCUCUAGUACUGAAAAAGUGGUCUGGGCACACCUGGAGGUUUCGUUGAAAAGCAGUCAUUAUUUGGAGUGCAGAAUACAAUACAACAUUUAUGCUGCCCUGAGCCAAAACGUUGUAUUUUAUUCUGCACUCCAAAUAAAGACUGUCUAUCAAAGAAGCCUCCAAGUGUGCCCAGACCACCUUUUCACUUCUAUAUUCUGUAUGGAACAUUGGUCCAUUCAGUUUGAAGCACCCUGCUGAAAUUAUUCCCUGGAUAAUUGAUUUGUGCAAUAUUCUCUCAAUCUUUACAAAAUAAAGUCACUAUAGACACCAAGAUUACUUCAUCUCAUUGAAGUAGUCUGCAUGCAGUCCAUUUAAUCCUGCAAUGUAAAACGUUGCAGUUCUAGAGAUACUGCAAUGUUUACAUUGCAGGGUUAAGACUGUCUCUAAAGGCUGUCUCCCAAACAUCCACUAGAGGUGCUUUCUGCUAGCAUCUUGCAAAACCCCAUAGGAAAGUAUAUAUUCAGUGCUACCGUAUGGGGAAGGUCUAACGCACGGGGCAUGUGCCUUAGGUUCCCCCUUGUGAUGGCGUUGGCAAAGGUGCAACCAGCACAGAGGGACUUCGGCACUGGAAUCAGGUAAGUUAUUUAGAGGGUUUUCAAUCCUUUUAUUGUCGUGGGAGAGGGACACUAUAGUAUUAAGAAUACAGCUUUGAAUUCCUAAUAUUUUAGUGUUCCUUUAACCCCUUAGUGACCUCAGACGUAUCCGGUACAUCCGACAAAAAAUGGUCUUUAAGGACCGCGGACGUAUCAGGUAUUAGAGCGCUGGAAGCAAUCAUUAUCGCUUUCAGCAGCUCUAAUGGUAUUGCAGAGAUGCCUCGAUGCAAUUCCCCCCUCACUGCCUGGCCGCCGGAGAACACUGGGUGAUCGCUCCCACUGGAGCGAUCACUUCCAGGUUGCUCCACAUGGAGCCCGGCAGUGAGGCAGAGCAUCGGAAGCCAUCAGCGGUCGUUAAGGACAAAUAGGAACCCUGGACUUACCUGGACCGACGAUCAUGGUCUGAGGGGACUGCUGGAGACCCCAGCAGUCCCCUGCAGCAGCUCCGGUCCUCCAGGGCCAUGUGAUCACCAUGAUUACAUCGCGGCAAUAGGAGUCUAGGUGCUGCCAGCAGGGGGACUGUCUGAGCUGUCAGUCACCCAGGCUGCUAAAGAGUAAAAAAAAAAAAAAAAAAUAGAUUGGUGGUAAAAUGGUUGCAUGAAAAGAGUCAAAAUACCCCAAGUUUAAUACCUUAGGUUGUCCUCUUUUAAAAAUAUAUACAUGUGAAGGGUUAUUUAGGGAUUCCUGACAGAUGUGUUACAAUGUAACUUGUGUUAAUUUUGGAGAAAAAAAAGUGGUUUGAAAAGAGCAAAGUGCUACUUGUACUUAAAGCCCUAUAGCUUUCCAAAAGAAGCUAAGAACAUGUUAACAUUGGGCAUUUCUAAACUCAGGACAUAAUUUAGAAACUAUUUCUCAUGAGUGUUUUUUGGCGGUUGUAGAUGCGUAACAGAUUUUGGUGCUCAAAGUUAGAAAAAGUGUUAUUUUUUUCAUCAUUUUAUAAUUUAUUUUAUAGUAAAUUAUAUGAUACAAUGAAAAUAAGGGUAUCGUUAGACCAUAUAAUGGCGAGAAAAACGGUAUAUAAAAUGUGUGAGUACAGUAAAUGAGUAAGAGGUAAAUUGCAGCUAAACACAAACACCUCAGAAAUGUAAAAAGAGCCCUGGUCCCAAACGGUAAGAAAAUUGAAAAGCGGUCUGGUCAGUAAGAGGUUAAUUUUAUUUGUGUUAAUUGUGAAGGCUUGCUUACUUUAGUGCAAACUCGGUAAACACCGCAACAUGCUUUCUGCAUCACCUCCUUUUCCCCUCUGGUGAGUGCAUUCUGGAAUUGUGCAGGUGUUAAUGGGCCAUGAUAGCUGGGGAGGAGUUUUGACAUACUGCUUGUCAAACAUGGACCAUGUCAUCAGUGACAUUUGCAGUUGUUGCAGAGGAGAGCCUGCCACCAUCACACUGACCCUGCAUCUGUCCUGGGCUGCUAAGAAAACUCACCUGCUGCACGAGAACUGUGAAGCCAAUAGAAAUGUUACACAGGUAGCACUUUGGUACCCUUGCCAGCUGUUUCACCUUUUAUAAUGGCUUCAGCUCUUAUAAUGCUGGGCUAGGGUGCAGUUUGCAACCUGCCACCUAGCUGAAUUGACAUCACGAGCACAUGUAGGCACAAGAUUUUCAAGUUUUUCCCUCCUCCAUACCAACACCCCCCCAAAAAAACAAAGUAAAAAUACUUAAUUGUUUGAAUAUGAUGUAAAAUUCUACACAUGUAUGUGUUUGGCAGUAUGCAUAUUUAUGUAUUGUAUAUACAAACAAUCAACAACAUUUCAGCCCUAGAAGAGCCUUUGUCAGCUCAGUUUGAGAAAGGCACUUCUGGAGCCAAAACAUUGUUGAUCGUGAUUCAGUAAGUCUAGCUUGGAUUUUUUCCAACUUGUGGCCAGUCAUUCUUUGUUUGGAUUUAUGAGUGGGGUCUGGUCUGGGCACACAGUCUUUGCACAUACAUAUCACUAUUCGGGUUUGUUGGUUUAAAAAAUACAUUUGUGAUUUGAGUAUUUAAAGGAAUACACUAACCACCACAAUCUCUGUAGCCUGGUUAUGGUGCUUGGAGUGCACUGGCACCUUUCUAAUGUAGUUUUUAGAAGAAUUUGACAAUUUUCAUGGGUCUUCCAGGCACCUUCACAGCACCGCAAGUCAUGUACUGUAGAAGAUGCUGGGUGUCUUUAUAGGGCUAAAUCAGGGUCUGCAAGGAGGAACAGGAAGCAGGGACUCCAGUUGCAAGCGACCAGUUGGACCCAGUAAAGUUGUUAAACUGUUUUACAACAAUAUGACAAAUUACACUGGAAGGACACCAGAGCGGUACUGGCACUAUAACUACUGCAGUGGAUAGUGUUUAUGAUGUUUGAAAUGUUCCUUUCAUAAAAAUUCACCUUAUAUAAAAAUAAAUUUUUUUUAAAAAAAAUAUCAAGAAAGAACUCCUGGGUGCACACCCUAAAGAAAUGUGCUGCGCAUGCCUAUGCUAGAAAAUGUGUUAAUUUCUGAGUCACUUGCACAUAUUGUAAUGGUAAGGAAGGCUUUAUACCACUCCAAUUCACUUCAUGGUGCAAUGGAACAAUUUUCACUCUGCCAAGAUCACAGCAGAACUUUGUGAUGUAACAUGCAAGUCAUGUUUAAACUUGUCUGCUGUAAGGAAACUACUGUAAAUGGGAAUUCUGGUUUUACUGAAUCUAACAUAACUCCUGUUCACAUUGGCCUCUCAUCUUCAAAUUUGGUAGAGUUAAAGGGUUACUCCAAGAUCCAUUACCACUUCAGUGAUUUGAAGUGGUCAUGGUGCCUGAAGUCUGUAUAGGCAGCAUUUCGAUUUGAAACACUGCACAUAUAGAGAUAACUCCACUACUACCAGAGAUGUAUCUCCACCUCCGGCAGCAUCACACUGCUGUUUUUAGCCACCACAAAACUAGACUGAUCCGUCACAACAUUAAAACUACUAAUAUGUGAAGUGAACAACGUUGAUUAUACUGUUAAAAUGGCACCUGUCAGGGGUGGGAUAUAUCAAGCAGCAAGUGAACAGUCAGUUCUUAAAUUUUACAUGUUGAAAGCAGUAUAAAUGGGCAAGUGAAAAGAUUGAGGUGUUUUUGACUGGAUUAGAGCAUCACCAAAACGGCAAAUCUUGGUGGUGCUCCCGGUGUGUAUUGUUGAUUAGUGAUGUCGCGAACUUGCCGCAAACGGUUCGCGGCGAACUCCGGUCAGCUGACACAUCCCUGCCAAUCUCCGGCAGACCCUCCCUCCCAGACCCUCCCACCUCCUGGACAGCAUCCAUGUUGAAGCUGUCUUCAACAUGGAUGCUGUCCAGGAAGUAGGAGGGUCUGGGAGGGAGGGUCUGCCGGAGAUUGGCAGGGAUGUGUCAGCUGACCGGAGUUUGCCGCGAACCGUUUGCCGCGAACCGUUUGCCGCAAGUUCGCGAAUGGUUCGCGACAUCACUGUUGAUAACUACACAAAUAGUGAAAGGAAGGACAACCAUUUAGCUGGAGUCAGUGUCAUAGGGGCUCAAGCUUAUUGACACACAAGGUAGCUCAAAUUGCUGAAACAUUUAAUGCUGGCCAUGAUAGAAAAGUGUCAGAACACAUAGUGAACCGCUGUUUGACCGACCUGCCCGUCUCCAAAAGCGCCUUUACUGGGGAUGUAAGCAUCAAAACUGGACCAUGGAGCAGUGAAAAGAAGGUUACCUGGUUUGAUGAAUCACAUUUUCUUUUAGGUCAGAUAAAAGGCUUGGUGUGUGCGUCAUUUACCUGGGUAAGAGGUGGCACCAUUGGAAGCAGCCAGGCAAGUGGAGGCAGUGUUAUACUCUGGGCAAUGUUCUGUUCGGAAACAUUGUGUCCUGGCAUUCAAGUGGAUGUUAGUUUGAUUGUUGAAGAGCAUGUACCUAGGGAUUGUUGCAGACCACGUACACCACUUCAUGAUAAUGAUGUUACCUGAUGGAAGUAGCCUUUUUCAGCAGGAUAAUGCACCUGCCACACUUCAAAAAUUGUUCUGGGAUGGUUUGAGAAACAUGAAUCAAGAGUUCAAGGUGUUGCCUUGCUUCCAAAUUAGGGAUCGACCGAUUAUCGGUCUGGCCGAUAUUCUGUAUUUUCGGCAAUAUCGGUAUCUGACAAUAAAGAUACCGAUAUUGCCGAUAAUACAUACUAGGACCUUAUCAUUGGCCCGGCGGUCCUGGGGGGCCCGCAGAAAGCUCUUCCCAGCAGCUCCCCUGUGUAAAUCUCGGUUACCAUGGCAACGCUCCGCGCGGCACACAGGCCGCGAGAGUUAGACAGGGGAGCUGAAGGGAGCUGCUGAGAAGGUAAGAGCUUGCUGGGCCCACACUGCACAGACCAGGCCACUGGACCACCAGGGAAUGCUAUAUCCCCCCCUCCCUGGCCAGGUAACAAGCAGGGAGGGUGGACAAAAUAAUUAAAUAUUUUUUUUUAAAAAAUUAUUAUACACACAUACAUAUAUAUACACAUACACACACACACAUAAAACAAGAGGGGGUUGGCUGCACUCACCUGAACAUGCAUAAAUGGGGGUGCUGCUGGGGGCCAAAUAAUACAAUACACAAGAUCCAGCGCACUCACCUAUCCACUAAACAGCAACUUCAAUGUUGAAAGAUUUUAUUUGUUUUUUUAAAAACACCUAAUCUAGGCAAAAAUAAUGGGGGUUUAGUUACAUUAUAUGAUCAUACAUUGCAUAAGCCUGCCACAACGUCAAUGUACCCCAUCUUUGGCAGGUCCUACACUAACAGCCUAAUGUCUGCUCUUAUGAGAUUAACCUACUUGGGAAAAAAAUUCCAUCUGGGGCUCUCUGCAGUACAAGGCUAAAUAGGGCCCUGGGAUGAGGCACCUGUGACAGGGAGGGGUGCAAAACCAAGGAGUUGGCUAGACUCCCAAAUAUAUACAUAAAACAAGAGGGGGUUGGCUGCACUCACCUGAACAUGCAUAAAUGGGGGUCAAAAUAAUACAAUACACAAGAUCCAGCGCACUCACCUAUCCACUAAACAGCAACUUCAAUGCAGAGAGCCCCAGAUGGAAUUUUUUUCCCAAGUAGGUUAAUCUCAUAAGAGCAGACAUUAGGCUGUUAGUGUAGGACCUGCCAAAGAUGGGGUACAUUGACGUUGUGGCAGGCUUAUGCAAUGUAUGAUCAUAUAAUGUAACUAAACCCCCAUUAUUUUUGCCUAGAUUAGGUGUUUUUAAAAAAAACAAAAUCUUUCAACAUUGAAGUUGCUUGUUAUUUAUUUAUUUAUAUAUAUAUAUAUAUAUAUAUAUAUAUAUAUAUAUAUAUAUAUAUAUAUAUAUAUAUAUAUAUAUAUAAUUUUUUUAUUUAUUUUUUAUGCCCCUCUUUUCCCCCAUUUUACAGAAAUUUUAUACCUACAGAAAUACACAUUCAUUCAUUAUAUAUACACACACACACACUCUGCAUACAUAUAUACACACUACAUUCACUAUACACACUACUAGCACUGCAUUCAAUUUACGCACACUACACAUUGCAUUGACUUUACGCACACUACACAAACACACACACUCUGCAUUCAUUAUAUAAUCACUACACAAACACUGCAUUCUCUGUACACACUACACAAACACACUCUGCAUUCAUUAUAUACACACUACACAAAUACACACUGCAUCCACUACACACACUACACAAAUAGCUCCCCUGUCUAAACACAUUGCAUCCACUACAUGUGGCAUGUAUAUUUUGUGCAUUUACAUUUAGGAACAGUUUAUUUUUUCAAAAUGGUAAAUGUACAGAAUAUCAGUAAGUUAUCGGCUAUCGGCCUGAAAGUUCACAGAUUAUCGGUAUCUGCUCUAAAAAAUCAAUAUCGGUCAAUCCCUAUUCCAAAUUCCCCCGAGCCUAUCUGUGGUAUGUGCUGGCACAACAAAUCCGAUGGAUGCAGGCUCCACCUCACAACUUGCAGAACUCAAACAAUCGGCUGCAAAUGCCUUGGUGCCAGAUACCACAGGACACUUUCAGAGGUCUUGUGGAGUCCGUGUCUCGACUCAUCAGAGCUGUUAUGGCAGCACGGGUGUAAACUACACUAUAUUAGGCAGACCAUAUCUUGAAUAUGCUGUGCAAUUGGGUGCCUGUUGUUAAGAAGUAUGUUAUGGCACUACAAAAUUUAUCAAAGGAAGGGAGCAUUUUAGUUAUGAAGAAAGGUUAAAAGGAAACUGUAGGCACCAAGACCACUUGAGCUAAUUGAAGUGGUGUGGAUGCUGUGUCCCUUUUGCACUUUGUGCUGCAAUGUCAAACAUGGCAGUGCCAGAGAACCAGAACAGCCACUACAGGGCUUCCUGCAUCAAAACUGACCUUUUGUCUGGUAUUUAAUGCUGGACAUCCUCACGCUCUGCAUGAGAACCUCCAGCAUCAGAUUUUUUUUCCCCCUAUGGGAAAAUACUGAUACGAGCGCGGCCAUUGCCGUGCAUGCGCAUUAGGUCUCCCCCGCCAGGAUAGAGAAGUUAUAAACUUAAUAUAUGGGGAAUUGACCAUACAAUUUACCUUCGAUUAUAGCUCCUUGGCUUUUUUCCACCUUUCAACACCCCUGGAACAUGGAUAAUUUCAUACUUAGCUGUCGAUAGUUACAUUAAAGCCCUGCCAAAUGAAUCUAUAGACCAUUCAGAAUUUCAAUGGGGUUGUAAUUGUAAAGGGAUAACUUCCUGAUUCUUCACUGGGUUACCCAAUUACUGCCUUGUACUAGGUAGCUCCCAUCACAGGUGGAUGUCGGACAUUUAACUCCUUAAGGACACAUGACAUAUGUGACAUGUCAUGAUUCCCUUUUAUUCCAGAAGUUUGGUCCUUAAGGGGUUAAGUAAACUAGUCACACUUCCAUAAUAACUCCUUCUUUUCUAGAGGUUAUACAAAUUCCCCUUUUUUCAUGGUACAUGGUCAUUAAGAGGUUAUUGGAAUAUAGUGCUAUCCAUUGUAUAUCUUGAACUUAAUGUCAUGUUAGAAUACCAGUGCAUCUUAAUCAUGCAUGGUGUUUGUGUUAAAUUGUAAUUUGAUCAAAUAAAAAAAUGUUGCUAUCCAAUCUAAAAGCAUGGACACAAAACUGUUUGUUCAUUUGAUUGAUUUUGUGGUGUAUUUGAUAAUAUAUUGUUGCAUCUCUCUUAAACAGGUCUAGAAAACAAUCUCAUCCAGAAGUACGUCUUCAAACCAGAGACUGCACUGACAUAAACCACAUGGAUUAAUAAGGGAUUACAGAAAGGAGGGAGACAAACUAAUCGAGGGGAGGGGGGCAGAGGGCUGCAAGACAUAGUCUGCUCCCCUCACCCUCGAGGUUUGGAGGAGGAGGGGAGGCGACAACCAAAGGGAAGCCCCUGGAUCAUAAAGAAGAACAAGCUUCAAUCCUCAUUUUUAUCCUCUUACUGUCCCACCCCUUGUUUUGUUUGUUUGUUUGUUCCCCCUCACCCCCCUCUUAUUUAAAUAUGUUUCUUUUAUCUAUCCCGCUUAUUUUGUAAUUAGCAUGGGGAGAUAUAUUUUAUAGUAAUCUAUCCCUUCACCCCUUAUCCUCCUUCCUAUUUCUCCCAUUCCCUCCCGGCUCUGUGUGGGGCUAUGCUGCACCAUCCAGAUCCCUCCCCCCAUCUUCACGAUGCCCGCAGGAACUGUCAAGUCAUUUAAACCCAGCAAGUACAUCCCUGUGGCUGCAGCAACAGUCUUUCUGGUGGGAUCAACUACGCUGUUCUUCACAUUCUCGUGAGUUUAAAAACACCAUUUCUCACUGCUUUCUACAUGUGAACUUUCUCAGCUGUAGAAUUCAAACUCCAACUAAUUGCACAACUGUAGAAGGAAGCAGAAAGUAUGCCUAGAUGUGACCAAAAGAUCUUGUGCCGUUCAAGAAAGUGACCUAUUAUUUUGAGUCUUGAUUCAAUAUGAGAUAGACUGGACACAAUGAGGAUCAGUGUCUUUUGUGUGUAGAUCUCUUAUACAACAUCGUUAUUACUGUUGUCCCUCCCUCACAUAUUUAUUAUGUAAAUAAACAUAUGCAGACGUUUGCACUUAUUUCACAGCAUGCCUCAUCUUCCACAGUGUAACUGAUCCAUUAUUUAUUUAAAUCAUGGAGAUAUUAUUGAUAGCAGCUUGAUAAUGAUCCACAUGCACUCUAUUUUCUAUUUAUUGUCCAUCUGUCCUCUAUUUUCCUGAUCUGCCUCUUUUUAUAUCUGUUGGUUUUCCUUGUCUGCUCUUCCUGUCAGACAUUCCAUCUGUCCACUUAUUUCUGUCCCAGUUUGCAGGAUUACUUUGCGUGUAACAAGCUCGUAAAGAGAUUACACUUGUUUGCCCGUUCCCUUUUUACAAUUACAAAUUCACAGAUAAUCACAAAGCUCCCCACUAGCUUCCAUUAGUGCUGCAUUUGUGGGCAACAUUUUAAAUAAUGUGCCUGGGAGGUAAAAAGUAUUUUAAAAAAACAUAAAUCUGACAAGAACCAAAUCCAAGCUUUAAGGAUUACUCCAACCACCAUGACUUCUUUGUGGAUUUGAAGUGGUCAUGAUGGUAGGAGUCUGUCUGUGCAGCAUUUCCGCUGGAAACACAGCACAUACAGAGCAAUCUGCACUUUGGUGCUAGUUGCACCUCUGGAACACAAGACUUGGGCAGCUUGGAACUCUGUUCUGGCUGCUUAAUAGAAAUUUUGUGCAAAAAUUGCACCAGUCAUCGGUGCACAGCACACUGGCGAUAGAAAUGAUGAGUUUCUCCCUUGCAUGCAGCGUGUCUGUAUGAGGAAGCCUUAUCUCCCCUACAUCCCUUAGUGUGCUUCCUACCUUGCUGAAAAGCUUUAUGUGAAAGUGUUUUUAUUUAUUUUUUAAAUAAAACUAAAGUGCAGAUUUCAACAGAAAAAUUUAAACUUUUAGAAAUUAAAAUGGUUUCACCCCCUUGGCUUUCAAGCAGACAACAGUUUCCGUUACCCCCGGUAUGGUUAGAUCAGUGGAGCUAACCUCAAGAGGCAGCAAUUCCUCAGAGCACUGCCUUGCAGAUUUUCAUUGAGCUGCAUUGGGAAGAUUGUGAUUGGACAGCCACAGAAAGUCUAGGCGGGGCUAGAAGGGGAGGGUUUGCAAAGGCAGCAGACAACAGAACUGCAGGUUUUGCAAGCUGUUUUUAGAUAUACACCCAAUGUAAAAAUGCAUAAUUAAAUAAAUGUUUUUAUUUGGGCUAUAUCUACUGAACUGUGAUUUAUUAUUUAUUUUGAAUUUGGGCAGUGGAGUGUCCCUUUUAAUUGUUUUGGUUAUUUUAUUUUAUUUUCUCGUCUGCUCAGGGCAUAUGCAUGUGAUCUGAGCCAGUGAAAUGGUCCAAUUAAAUGCUUCUCUAUAAAAAGAAUUUGAUUGGACCUCCCAAGGAGUUGGAUUGAGGUGUGAAGAGCAGUGCAGGAUUUCAGUUUUUGCCUUUCCAUUCAGGUGUUAAACGGGGCACCCAGCUAAGUAAUGCCCAAUAGUGCAUACUAAAUUUAAAAUCAAGUUGAAGUAAAAAGGGUUGGAGUAACACUUUAAUCAUUCCACCACCAUUACUUAAAAUGGAACCCUGCUCACAUUACCCUUUAUACUCACUUGUCACAUUCAGUGCCUUCUCUGUUCUAUGAAAAACUAGCUAGUCUUAUCUUAAUAUUGCAUUUUUUUGUGUGUGUGUGACUAUUUUUUUUUACAGAUGCCCCUGGCUUAGUGAAGAGGUGUCCCCAGCACUUCCUGCUUAUAACGCUGUCAUGUUUCUCUUUGUUUUGGCCAAUUUCAGUAUGGCCACUUUCAUGGAUCCUGGAAUCUUCCCUCGAGGUAAAAUAGUACACCCAACUUUUGGGCACACCUUAUUGCACAAUGUGUACACAACCUCCUGUCUCACUGCAUUUUCUCUCACUCCAGCGGAUGAAGAUGAAGAUAAAGAAGACGACUUCCGUGCACCACUUUAUAAAACAGUGGAAGUACGAGGCGUACAAGUUCGCAUGAAGUGGUGCUCAACAUGCCGCUUUUACAGACCUCCCCGAUGUUCACACUGCAGUGUCUGUGACAACUGUGUGGAGGUAAGUGUUGGAUUCAAUCAUAAAUAUCAGAAUACAAAUCCAUGUAUCUGUAAAGUAAAGUAUUAGGGUGAUGAUAUUAUUUUGUUGUUUUGUUUUUUAAAGAUGGACAAACUAGCAGAAUUUUACAACCAUUGUGCAGGGGUUUUUUUCUGACACAAUUUGUCAUUUCAAUUGCAUUUUUAUUAUUUGUAAUCAUUUCAAAUUUAUAAUGAGAAAAAUGGUAUAAAGUAUACAUGUUUCACAGCUGACUACACAGUAGUUAAGUUUCUCCAGAGGUUGAAUAUUGCUUUUUGUUUUGUACUAACUUGUGUGAAUUUUUAAAGAAAUUCUACAUGAAUUCAAAGUGAAUUUGAAAUUUCCAGCCAAGAAAAAAGCAGAACUCAAAACAAACCUGACUUGCGUGGCCUAAUUAAAAUUACCUUUGAAUACAGUGAAUAAUUCUAUGUGUAUUUUCUAUAUGAAUGGAUGUAUGCUUUAUGUAUGUAUGUGUGUAUAUAUAUAUAUAUGUGUGUGUGUGUGUACAUGUUUAACCCUGUCAUAUACUGGACAGGGUUGCUAUAAUAAAAAGCAUGUGUAUAUAAGGGGAAAAAAAAACCUGGGGCGUCAGCGAGGGAUGGGGGAGGCAGAAUACAGCUAUGUAUUCCUGGCACUAUAGUAUCCCUUUAAGUAAAAUGUCGUUGUCCCCCUUAACUUUUACAAGCUCCAGUUAAUAAUCUAGUUUCUUAAUUCGUACAUUUUAUGCCUUUAAGGAAAAAACGUACCCUGUUACCUAGUAAUGGGCAAAACCGUUUUGCUCUUAUGUCAUAUACCGAGGCUGCUUUCUUGUCAGGUGACGUGCAAUCCAGAUGUUGAUCCUGUGAGCCUUGCAUUGGCUGAGAGCAUCAGCUGGUUGCUUUUAUCCAAUGAAUGACCGUAUUCAUAGAAAUAUGCACAGAAUUCACAUUAACUAACCAGCCCGUAGGUUGUGUUCUGGUCUUACUAAUGACGCCCCAAUAAUUUGAAGAGUGGUUAAACUCUGUAUGUGCAGCAUUUCGCCAUGAAACACUUCACAAUCAUUGAAGUGGUCAUGGUGCGUGGAAUAAAUCUUAAAAAAAAAAAAAAAAAAAGUUCAAUAGUAACAUUUUAUGAUUGACUUUAAACGCAGUAGUAAAAAGAAGCACACAAUUUUACGUUGAAAAAAGUUCACUGUUAACAUUACUGUGUACAAUUGGUUAUAUAAUCCAGUCUGUUGAACGAAAUUACCUGAAUGCUAGAAUAAUAGAAAUUACUACAAAAUAUAACCUAAAAUAAUUAUUAAUAGCAAAGUCAUGAUUAGAGUUUUUUAAUUAAUUGGUUGUGUAUAUUUAAAUAAACUCUGUCACCCACGUACCCACCCUGUACAAAGAAUGUUUCAAAAAAUCCUUCAGACAUACAUUGACUGGGUUGAGAUUUCACUGAAAUUGCAAUUUAGCCAAAAGAUAUGACAAAGUAUGGACUACUUUUAACUUGUGUAUUUUUCCUGCGCUUGAUAGAAAGACGAAGCUACCGCUGUUAAGUUUUUAAAAAGGGGAAAGGGCUUUGUCCAUGUCGGGAGCAAUAAUGUAUUUAAUUAUAUGCAUCCAUUUACAUGCCUUUAUGUGUACGUGCAGUACUGUUACUGUAGGGAAAAGGGGGGGAGGGGGACAAUAAUGUAUUUAAUUAUUAGAGGAUUAAUAUAUUACAAUUUUACCAAUAUUUGCUUCUCUGUCUCAUCUGCUUUCUCUUCCUGGUUUAUUCUGCCUAUGUCUUACCUCCCUUUCUCAUUCAUAAAUCUUUUUUUUUUUUUUCUGCACCUCUGAUUUCAUUUUUUUUUUUUUCUUCUAUUACUGUCCUAUUAUUUGAAUCCCUUUGUUUGUACAUUCUUGUCUCUUUCUCAUAUACUUUCUUCUUUACCUAAUUCUCUUAAUUUUUUUCAGGAAUUUGACCAUCAUUGUCCCUGGGUAAACAACUGCAUUGGACGCAGGAAUUACCGUUACUUCUUCCUGUUCCUGGUGUCUCUAACGUUACACAUAAUGAGUGUCUUUAUCUGCGGCCUUUUCUACACAUUGGGGCAUCCUGACCAGCUGCGAGACAUCCCAGCAGCUGUGACGUAUCCUUUUUGUAAUCUCCUGUUUAUAAUGUUGCACUACCAGUUUCUAUCUCUUACCAUUCUUUAACUUUUUUUGUCUCUCUUUUUCUCCAGUUUUAUUUGUUUAUAGAUUUUCAGUCCUUUCCAACCCUCUCUUCUGUUUCCACUUUCCUUUUUUGUAUGUUUUUGUUUCUUAACAAUCUCCCAGUAUUUCUGUGAUGUGUGUGGCUGGAUUAUUUUUCUUUCCUGUUGCUGGCCUUACUGGCUUCCACAUUGUGCUUGUGUCAAGAGGUCGUACCACCAAUGAACAGGUCAGCAUGUGAUCGCGUAUCCACUCCGAUACAUUGUUUAAGAUAAGUUACUCUCUUAGUGUGUCUUUUGGGAUUCUUUUUGAUGUCCUUUAUUAAAAUGACACGCCAGGGUAGGUUUUAUUAUUUAUGUUCUUUGUUUUGCAUGCAUCGUGUGCACAAAUCUUUGGAGGGAGUAUUGCUUUUCCUUAUCUAUACACAUUUGGAAGCAAUACAUAUACACACACUAUAUAGACAAAAGUAUUGGGACCCAACCCUUAAUUAUUUCAUAAGUCAGUUUGUGAACUUUCAUCCCAGCUAGAUAUUUAAUGGUCACCUUUAAGUGGUUUUAUUGGAAUAUAUAUAUAUAUUCCACCUCUUAAUUUUAUAAGUGGAUUUGGAUUUUUUUGUCUUUUUUAUGCUACUUGUUAAAUUAACUUUUAAGGGAAAGUCCAAGCACAUAUGACCCUUACAGUUGUUACAUAGUUACAUAGCUGAAAAGAGACUUGCGUCCAUCAAGUUCAGCCUUCCUCACAUUUGUUUUUUGCCGUUGAUGCAAAAGAAGGCCAAAAAAACCCAGUUUGAAGCACAAUUUUGCAACAAGCUAGGAAGAAAAAUCCUUCUUGACCCCAGAAUGGCAGUCAGAUUUAUCCUUGGAUCAAGCUGUUAUUACCCUACAUUGAAAGAUUAUAUCCUUGAAUAUUCUGUUUUUGCAAGUAUGCAUCUAGUAGCUGUUUGAACAUCUGUAUGGACUCUGAUAAAACCACUUCUUCAGACAGAGAAUUCCUCAUCCUUAUUGUUCUUACAGUAAAAAAAAAAAAAACCUUUCCUUUGCCUUAGUUAAUUUGUUAAUAAAAAUUAUUUAACCCCCAUUGAAAAUCAGGUUUAUCAUCAAAAUUUACAGAGUUUCAGCAGUUUGCAAUUAACAACUCAUGACUUCACAAGUCUCAAAGGUAUUGAACUAAGUAAUAGUUAAUUAAAUAAAUAGAUAAAUUAAAAACAUUUCAAUACAUAAAGGGAAUCAGCACAGUAAAGGAGGAGACUAUAUUUAAAAGAAGAAAAACUACCACAACAAGAGGACAUAGUCUUAAAUUAGAGGGGCAAUGGCUUAAAAAUAAUAUCAGGAAUUAUUACUUUACUGAGAGGGUAGUGGAUGCAUGGAAUAGCCUUCCAGCUGAAGUGGUAGAGGUUAAAGGGAAAUUAUAGUGCAAGGAAAGCAAAGUUGUUAAAACCCCCAUCUGUCGCUUUCCUAAAUCCAGCGCCGAUGUCCCUCAGUGCUGGGUCAGGCUCCACCUCCGUUCUUCCUCCAUCAAUGUCAGCUGGCAGGGGGGACCUAAUGCGCAUGCGCAGCUAUCGCCAAGGAUAAUGAGAAUAUUUAGAGAAACUGGCAGACUAGAUGGGCAGACUGGUUCUUAUCCAACGUCACAUUCUAUGUUUUAUUUUUAAAGAGUUCCCAGUUAAAUUUGAGUAAAGAUUAAAAUCCCAUCUUGAACUAUAAGCAUUGCACUAUUUUUCUCAGUUUCUUUAACUUUUGCUCUAAUCAUUCUCCUUGUGGUAUCUUUCUUAGGUCACAGGGAAGUUCCGUGGAGGAGUAAAUCCUUUUAGUGAUGGCUGCUGUCGAAAUGUAAGCCAUGUACUAUGCAGCUCUCCACCACCCAGGUAAAAAGAAAAUCCUUUUGUUUUGAUUGUAUUACAUUUAUAUUACAUAGAUAUUUCCCCAUUACAAUUUUUUUUUCUUUCAAUUAAAAUAGUGAGUGUUUUUUUUUUUUUUAAAUUCUUUAUUUUUCUUGUGCAUAAGAAAACAUAACAGAUGGGCCUGUAGCGCCACGACAGCUAGUACAGGCAUUUCAAUAGCAAAUAGUGUCAUUGCAGAGUAAUACAGCACAUUUUUAUAUUUAUGAGAGUAAACAGGCUAGGAAUACUUGAGCAGGACUAUAAUAGCGUAAUUAGUCUACGUAUGCAAGCUUGGAUAUUAGUAAUGGGAUUAGUUAAGUUUUACCGUAGUUUUGCUUAUACAAAAAUGUCAUGUGUACAGUAGUAAUUACAGGUUGAAUAGUUAACCAUAGAACCUGCGUGGUAUAGGUACAGGUGCGUGAGGCCUAACGUUGCUGAGAUUGCUGAGUAACUAGCUGAGAAGCCAGGCUGUCUCAUUGGUUUGUGCCUAUGCGACUAUUCAAUAGUUGCCCUCUAAAUAUACUUAAAGAUUUACGCCUAAUAUGAUUAGUCGUGGUAUUUAAGCAGGUCUCUUAUGAGAAUAGGUGCAAGAUUAUGUGUGAACAUGCUAUGUGUCAUAUGUUAGGCAGUGGUCUAAUGUACAGGUAGACCUGGAGCACAAAAUAAUUAAAGCAUAAACAAAUCAGACAUAAACCAUGGACAGAAACAUUCGGAUGCCUUUGAUUGCAUUCAUGUGGGGAAGUACUCUGAGGCUGGCAUUAGUGAGUGUGAGUCCCAUCCGUGACGGUUGCCGCUUGUGAUCAGGACUCCAAUGAUGGUGCGGCUGCAAGAAGCUUGUCAGCGCUUAGCCAAUGCCCGAAGUAGGAAAUUGAAAGUGUUGCACUUCGGAGGCUAGGGAGGCUGCAGCAUUCAGGCUGUUUAGUUGAGCAUCCCUCCCUCCCCAGGCCGGUUGGUAGGCCAGCAUCCUCUUGCAACGGACGUGUUGGCUCCUAGGGUCCCAGUCCUCCCCUGCAUGGGGUAGACGGGAGGUCGUGAUGGUAUUCCGCUGCCGGUUGCCGGCGAUCUUCUGUCUGCGUGGGUGAUGCCGUGGGGCUGUGCCCGUUUCGGCCCUCGGCCUGAGUGAUCUCUGACUAAUAGGCUUACGUAUGUUUAAUGCGUGGGGGAUCAGAGGGGGCCAACUCACCGCCCUACCGUGAACCUCCCUGUGUUGAAUUGCUGCUGCGGCUUGGCGGGCUUCCAGCUUAGCCCAGAAACAGUCGGAAAUGUCAUCCAGCUUCUUCUGUGUUAUUUGCGCGGGAGUUAGCAGUGCCGUCUCAGACUGCGUGAUGGCUGGUUCCCGCUGGAUAUUACAGGCCGCCAUUUUGCUAGGUUGUAUUUUAGUGGGGCUGUUCCGUGCGUGAGACUAGCCAGUUCGGACCGGGAUGACCCCCGCCGGUCCAAAGAGGGGGGAAACAGGGCUGAGAGAGAGCUUGGGGUUGCACAGCUGCACACCGAGCAGGGGAUCGGCCGCUUCCCCCGUCCGACGGCCGUACUAGGCCUCACUCCUCCGACCUCCGUCGGCCGUGUAGUGUACCCGCGGGCGACAGACCCGGGGUUCCUCUGCUGGCUCCAGAGGUAGGCAAGUCUCUUUUCGUGGCGUUAUGGCUGGCUGGCUGGCUGGCUGGCUAGAUUCAGGCUUAGUUGAGGCAUUGAGCUCGGAGCUCACACGAAGUGCGUCCAGCCGCCAUGAUGUCCAGGCCCCGCCCCCAAAAUAGUGAGUGUUUUAGGUAUUGGAUGUACAGUGUGAUUGAUUUCACACUCCACAAUUUUCUAUUGAAUUAUAAUCAAGAAAACUCAUAACAAAAUUAGUUUCCCAACCUAUGCAGCUUUUACUCAACCUUUGCAGUUUCACAAGAGUUGUCUAUAGACAUAUAUUACCACAGCUACAUUGUGAACCAAUAUUCAUCCCUGGUUUUAAAGAGCAUUUGUCAUGAUAAAGAAUCAAAUUUCAUCUGUAUGUAGUACUAGCAAAUGUCUAGUUUGUGCUUCUUAAAGGAACACUAUUGUGCUAGGAAUACAAACGUAUUCCUAACACUAUAGUGCUGGAGUGGCUGUCUAUGUGUCCUGCCACCCUCAGAUUGCAAUGAAAAGGCAUUUUAACUUAUUUUUUCUCCUUCGCUGCGCCUGUCUAACUGCUGCUGGCCCCUCGUCCAUGGUGGACAUCAUUCAUUUUGUUGAUCUCAGACAACCCAUUUCUUUCUCAUAGGAAAGCAUUGUGAGUUUAUUUUGCAGCAAAACACUGCACUGCGCCAAUUAGCAUUGAAUCAAUUCAUCUCUAUGGGGAGCGUUCAGUGUCUCAAUGCAGAGUGUGGAGACCCUGAACCUGAGUGACUGCCGCUAGGGGUGUUCAUAGGCAGCAAUCUAAACACUGCCUUUUCACUACAGUGACAGCCUGUGGACAACAGAGCCACUACAUUAAGCUGCGGUGGUUCUGGUGACUAUAGUGUCGCUUUAAACAGGGGUAUGCAGAAGAGGUGUGUCUUAAUUCAAGUGUAACACCCAGUGAAAACCUGACUGAUGCCCUCUACAGGAGACAGGGUUAACGGGAAUAAAUUAAAAUAUGUGAUUUUAAUAGUGUUAAGGAAAGAAACCUUUAAUUGUAUAACAUGAGUUAAAGGACCACUAUAGACACUCAGACCACUUCAGCUCAAUGAUGUGGUCUUGGUGCCAGGUCCCCUUAGUUUUAACCCUGCUAUGUUUACACUGCUGGGUUAAUCCAACCUCUAGUGGCUUCCUCCCUGACAGCUUCUGCGAUUUACACUGCGUAAAUAGCACUUAUGUGAAGCUGGACGUCCUCACUGACCUCCAGCGUCAAAAAAGAUCCCCAUAGGAAAGCAUUGAGUAAUGCUUUCCUAUGGGCGGGAUUGCAUGCGUGUGCGCAUUCGGCUCCACUCAGUGCUGAUGUUGAUGGAGGAUGAUAGGUCACCAGUGCAGAGGCAGCCUGGCGCUGGAUUAAGGUAAGCAAAUAAAUGGUUAAUUAACCAUUUAUUCGCUGCGGAAUGGGGCCCUAAUCACCAUUUAGGUGACUAGGGCUCUAUAGCGUUAGGAAUACAUAUUUGUAUUCCAAACACUAUAGUGUUCCUUUAAGACAAAUGGUUAGAAAACUGCAAACAUAUCUGUCAUCAUGAGUUCAAUUUAAUAAAUGUAAUGUGGACUUUGUGGAGGUUUCUUGAGGAUUAUUCAGGAUUUCUACCUUCUUAUGACACUGACCAUGAAAAUAAUGAUAGUUCUAUCAGGGCUGUGGAAAUUUGAGAAACAAAAAUAAAUCUUCUUGUCCAAGGGAUUAAACUUCAAAUUAGAAAGUUUGGGGACCCUCCUUAUCCUUGCAUAUUGGCAGGGUUAUUUACUAAACUCUGAAUUUUCCAAAUUAAGGACUUGAUUUUGUAAUGUUACUUGAUAAGCUUUUGAAAUGAUUUAAUAUUUUAAAAAUAUUUUAAUAUAGUGUCUGUAUAUGGUUACAAUGUAAUAAAAUAAACCACUAUUAUAUAGGUAAAAAAACAACAACUUUCCAAUAACGAAUGGGCAGGUCAUCAUGCAGUGGGUGACCUGGAAGUGGUCAAGGAGACCACGUGACCUCUGACAUGGGGGCGUGGUUGGUCAUAUCUCCACUGGUUGCUAGGAACCGUGUACACAAUAUGUGCAAAAGACAGAAAAAUCACUGCAUGUGUGAAAGAGAAGCCGAGAAAACCUAAAAUAAUUUGCUAGCAGGGGAAGGCACGCUCAGGGCAAAGUGAGGCUUGCAGAUAUUACAAGAAUUGUUGUGUGGAAUGUGUGUGAAUGCAAAAAAAGUGCUAAAAAUAAGAGUGAAAAAGAGCUCAGACCACUGACUGGAUCCCUAAAGUACAGGGAUAGUAAAAUAUUGCAUCACACCACCAGGUGGCAGAAGUGAUGCAUCAAUGUUACUUUCAAUAUAUAAUACAUAAUGCACAAAGCAAAAAAUCAAAAGCGGGUGCUAAAUGUUUAGUAUUAAACUAACAUAAUAAAGCUAUACAAAAACACAAACUACCAAAGAGUUGCUAUCAAAAAUACUAAAAACGUUGAACAACAUGUGCCACAUAGUAUUUAACCCAAUCAUAGGAACAUAAACUACACAAUGUUCUCAUUAAGCCCUUUGGGGGCUACAGUGUCCAAUCGGUGAAUCCAAUGAGCAUCUCUUUGUAGAAGUAAUUUGGAUCCAUCCCCUUCAUGUGCAACGGGGGCAAUAUGGUCUAUAGCGAUAAACCUAAAAGUGGGAAGUCUGGGUUGUCCUGCCAAAAAGUGUUUUUCUACAGGUUAAUCAGUCCACUGGUCCCUAAAUGCUGUUGUGAUAGUGGACCUGUGUCCCCCUGUCCGAUCCCUCAAUCAGAGAUCCAUCUUCCCCAAAUAAGCAAGACCACAUGUAAAUUACAUGAUUAGUUGUAUUACAAUGUAUUGUAAUAUGGGAAAUCGUUUCCCACUGUGUGAAUGUGCGAAUGUACUUCCGCUGAUCUUGUGGCUGCAGGUAAGGCAUUUGUAAGAUCCCACCUAGGCAGUAUCCAUUUAUAUUUUUCAUACAGGGUGAGUGCCAAGUGAUUUGGUAUUUAGAUAUAGAUAUAACUUUUUAUAUAUAUAUAUUUUGGAAGGAAAAAAAGCUUUUAUAAGUAUAUUAAAAAUUAUUGAAUUAUUUGUAAGACAUCCAAAAUUAUUAAAUUGAAUCCUAAUUCUGAAUGGGAAAAACCAGGGCCAAACUGAUCUGGUAAAUUACUUUAAUUCGCCUGUAGUUUAAACUGGUUAUAUUUGCCUCAAUCUUUGCAUUUGGAUUUAAUUUGUGAAAAUCUGAAGUUUAGAGUCUUGCUCUCUGUCUUCCUCCAUAGUGUUUUGUGUGGUGGCUAGGUGUAAUGAGUGUGUGGGUCUGUGUUGACCAUAUGUAUUGUGUUUGUACAAAUUCCACACCCCUGUACAGGUUCAGUGGUAUGGAACUUUUUUUUUUUUUUUAAAUCAACCUAUCAAGGGGUAAUUUGAAUUACAAAAAAUAGGGCCUGAGCCAAGAGCCAUAGACAUUACUAGGGGGCUAUAGUGGUCCUUUAAAUCUCAAUGGAAAUACAAGGACCAAAAUAGCUGAAAAAUAUUCUAACUCUAAUAUAGUCAUACAACUGGGUUCGUGCAACAUUACUUUUGGCUAGCACUAGGGUUAGAAAGAGAGCGCUUUUUAGCAUGAUGGGCUUCCAUAACCACAGAAUAGGUAGAAUGGGCACUACAUUAACCUUAAACCACACAUUUUUCUUGGAGAAACGUAACAAAAGAAAUGCAAAACGCAUUAGUCCAAUCUUGAUGAAGAAUGUUGUCAUCCUGUAAACAAACAAAAAUCCUACACUAUUUUAUAUGGACACUGUACGGUAGAAAUGAGGAACCAUUGUUUUGCAUUAUGUAUAGAUUGAAUUAAAAUUGUGCAAAAAUGUAUUUACAAGAAAAGUUAAUUAAAAACCUGCCUUAUACCUUAACACUUUGCAGACUAGUCUUCUGUUUUGUUGGCCAGUCAUCCCAUUCCCAUAUAUGUGUGCGACGUCAUUGACGUUUCACGUGCAGAUUUUGUUUUGCCAUUCUUCUUAAAUAUUUUUAUAGCAUUAAAUAUAAAAGCAGUUUAGUGCAGUGGUAAUGUAUAGAUUUAGAACUAGAAAACAAAGGUCUGCUUCCUGUAAGAUUUCACCAGUAAGUGUGGUUGGUCACUAGAUACUUAAAGGAAGACUCCAGACCCUUGCUGCUUGCUGCCGUGCUUUAUGUAUAUAGCAUGUGUCCUGUUGUUUUUUUUGUUUUGUUUUGUUUUAUUAAGUGCGGAUUUAAAUUGGCACUUUUAGAAAUUUGUUACACCCCACUGGCUGUCAAUCAGACAUCAGAUUCUGUUACUUCCUCCUUUUUUUUUUUUUUACCCCAUUGGAGCUAAAUUCAAGAGGCAGGCAAUGAAAAGGCUGUAGAUCUAUAGGUUUCGGUCUCCUCUUCUCUCUCUCUGGUUAUAUUCAUGUAAUUAUUUUUAUUUUUUUGUAUGUUACCUGUUGGUAACAUUUAAAGACAUGCAAAAUGUGUUUUUUCUCUGUAUACUGAUGUUUUGCAUCUUCUGUUCUGGUUAGGAAAAUCAUUGUUUUCACAUGAGUAAAUGCUUCCUUUUUACAGAUGUGUUUCUUUUUCUGUAGUCUAAUAUUUGCACUGUAUUCCUAGGUACCUUAAACGUAAUCACACUUAUUCCGUGGUCUCUGUUUCACCACCAUUUAUCCGUCCGGCAGUAUCUGAAAGUCAGAUCGGCCUUAAAAUCCUGGACAAUGGGGUGCAGAGUCCCCCUCAGCACUACCAGGUAGGGUAUAUCUGUAUUGUCGCUUCUUGGCAAGUAUAUACAUUUAUAUAGAUUGCACAGCAAGUGUUUAAUGGUUAAUUUCAGUUUCCUGACCGCAGCCUUUGCAAAUGUUACAUUUGUUUUCUUUAUCCACAUCCUAUUACAUAAUCCACAUUAUCAUGUACUUUCAACAGCCAGACCAUCGCUUGCUAACGCAUGAAGUACAUUUUCUAAUACAGCUUGGUUUUAUUUUGGGGUUUUUUUGUGUGUGCAUGUGGACCUUAGAAUCCAGAAACCCAGCUUUGAAUCCUGGUGUGAGACCACCUUACUGUUGGUAUACUUGGGAAAGACACCUGAUUAUGCAUAUAAAUAGGUGUAUUGCCCAAGCAAACUUACACUUUGUUGUAGGCAGAUAUGAAUCGUUACGCAAGACUGCCAACGAUAUAUACCUGCGUACAUUUCGUUUAUUUCGUUUUUGAACAUUGAAAUGUAUGGUCUUGCCCCGAACUUGCAUUUUGUUCAUUUGUAAAGUCCACUGAAUGAGUUAUAUACUUUACAAAUUAAGGUUUUUUUUUGUUUUUUUCGCCAGUCACGAAGCAGCUUAGAGUUGACAGAGUCUCAAUCAGCUGACGCGGAUCCACCUCCACCACCAAAACCAGAUUUAAGCCGAUACGCAGGACUAAGAGCACAGCUAAUCCUGGGAGAAAGAGAAGGUGAUGACUGGAGGGGUGUACAUAUUAUUUCUUACAUGGGAAUGUAGAACUGUAAUUGAAUGAGUGGUUAUAAACAAAAUGUUAGUAUAUGAAGGAUGCAAAAAUAUGUAAAUGGCAUGCAGAUUGACAUCUUUCUUCUUCCAAUCCAGAGAGUGCUCCAUUAAAUGCAGAGAGCCCCCCUACUCCCACUAUGUACAGAUACCGUCCAGGAUACAACAGUGGUCCAGGAUUUAACAGUGGUGGAAGCAUACCAUCAUCUGGAGCCAAGGUAAAGGUUUUAUAGCCUGAAUUUGAAUUUAAGCUCCACUAAUUUUAUUUUAUUAAUACAACCUACAGACUAAGAAUACCAUGAAUAUGUAACUCAACUAUGCAUUCUGUGUGUUUUACAUGGCUUUAUCCAUACUUGUUAUGAUUACAUGCCACCAUAGUCCUAUGUUUAAACUAUAAUUUAUCUUAUUAGAAGAAUGUUCCUGAUUCUUUUAUUCUGAUUCUCUCCACCUAGCUCUCUCGUGUAGACAGUCUUCAGGACUCUCCUGUCCCUACAUCGGAUCUAUCCCGGCCCCCAAGUUCUCGCUCUGAACCUAGUCUGGAGCCUGAUCCUUCCUGUCACCCACCACCUGCUCGCUCCUCUAGCUUACGGUCAGCUACAGGUGGUCCUGGACCACUGCCAUCUCUUCCUUCUGAAGGGACAACAUCCACUUCCUACAAGAGUCUUAAUCAGACACAGAAUGGCAGCCUAUCGUACCAGAGUUUGCUCAGUCCCUCUGAUGAAACAGAGCCAGAAACAGCCGGAAUCUCCUCCCCCUAUAUUUCAACCAGGGAGCGUCCUCGUCCAGCCUGUCCUCCUCCUAUUGCCCCUCGAUAUGGCAAGCCUAGGAUCAGCCACCACCGAAGUGGGGAUACAGAUGUAGCCGCUCUGCCCCUUCUAACACUAAAGUGAGUUUUAUGACCUUUUCACCAUUUUCAUUCAGUCACUGAAUGCCAAAUAAUCUCUUUUCCUGCCAUCACUAUAACUGUUUCUGUUACUAAUACAGGGAUCAGUCUCCUGUGAAGUCUCCGCAUUCUCGCAGUAAUGGCCAGGCUACUGUCUCUCCUCCGGUUAGCCCAUCACGUCCAGGGGGCGUAAAGACUGUAUCCGGUGUGGGUGGAACUACAUAUGAGAUAUCUGUAUGAGAAGAAGAGACCUUAGAGACACAGAGACUGUCACAAAAAGACAGCACACCAGCGUGAGCAUCAGAGAUGGCCAGUGCUGGCACUUUACUGUCUGGCCCCUGCUGUUCGGUUGCAGCCACCUGUGGGAUUUUUGAGAUUUUGCUUUGGGUUUUUAUUAUGUUUCUAUUCAGAUUUUAAUACCCCCUUUCUGUCCACAUAAAUCCGAUUUGAUAGUACAAGUCCACAGUGGACUCGCAGGGCAGUAUUUGUCUGGCAAAUAUUUACUUUUGUGGUCUUUUUGGGGAGUGAUCUUUGUUAAUGACAGAUCAGUAAUUCCCUUUUCCACAGUGCUUUUGAUUUUUUUUUUUUUUUUUUUCUGCAUCACCAGAGGAUUAAUGACCCUAUCUGGCCGUUACUGAUGAUAUAUCUACAGGUUAUCCUGUGAGGAUUCAGGAGUAGGAAGUUUUUUUCCUCCUCUUAUGAUGUGUGGAUAGUGGGGGCACUACUCUUUUUAAUGUUUAUACUUUUUAUUUUUCUUUAUCUGAGAGGGGAUGUGAUCUGCACAAAUUUAUAAAUACAUAUAAAUAUAUAUAUUAUUUUACAGUUGGGGCGCAGGCAAUAAAUCUCCCUUCCCCACCUCCCUGACAAGGGUACUUUGAGGGAGGGUGCCUUCAUUUUUAUUAUUUCAUUUACAAAAAUGAAUAAAAGACCAAAAUGCGGAAACAUGCAGUAUGUCUUUUUUAUGUUCUGCAUCAAUAUCAGAAUUACAUUUACGUAUUGUAUAUAUUUAUUAUUAUUUUUAAUUUUUUUUACGACUUGGGCUAAUGCAUACAAAAAAAUAUUUUUAGAUAAAUGGAUGUUUUGGAAAUUGAUAUAAUCCGAAGAUAUUUAAAUUGUUUACUCCACAAAGAGUAAAAAGGAAAAGCAUCAUGUUUAAGGUACAUAUCGGAGUGAAAUGACCAGGUGAACACUAAAAUCUUUGCUGUGCCAUAUCAAUAUAAAUGUUCCGUAGCAGUGUGAAGGGUAUAUUGCACUCCUUGUUUUUCACACCAUGUUGUCUCAUUAUGCAUGAUUUGUUUUGAAAUAACCCUCAAUCUUUUUAUAAUUCUGAAAUGGGGGUGAACAGAAGAGAUGUGUAAAUCAAAUCAGAAUUUUGUGUGAAUCCACCUUUGCCUCGAAAACCGCAUCAAUUCGUCGAAGUACAUUUGCUUACAGUCUUGGGGGAUCAUGCCAGGGCUCCUUGUUUGUUUUGGUAAAGAUUGUUCUUUUUUUCUUAAUUUUUAUUAUAAUUUUCUAUUUUAGUUGUGCAUGAAAAGUUACACCAGUUUGGUAGCCUUGACAGAAAAUCAGUACCGCCAGGUGCCAGCCGCAGCAUUAUGUGUCAUAUGAAACUAACUUAUAGACAGUAUUGCCUUAAAAGCAGCAUAAUAUAAAGAGCCGGCUAAACUGAGGCACGAAAAGCAUUAGAGGGUAGACAGGUUAAUUAGCCAAUGCCUAACAUGUUGUGUGUUCUGUCCUGUCUGCGGUGCAAACCCAAGUACUGCACGUUCAUACCCCACCAGCCCCAGGCUGCUAUACGGUCUAUGUCGCCAGACCCACUGGUCCCCCUCUGAGCUCUCUCCAGGAUUUGGUCUCGAAGUCUUCCAACUUGCCUUUUCCGCUCAAAAUGGGUAAGGACCCUUUAAAGGGCGUGGGAGUUUUGCUUUGCCUCACGGCCAUUUUGGGUUGCUGGUCGCAGUAAGGCCACAUGUCAGGUAUUGCUGGUUCCUGCACAGGGUAGCGGGCAAGUACCACUAUGGGAACCAUGAUAAUCCCCACCAGUCCACAAAGGGGGGGGGGUGGACACGAGGGCCCUGAUUCCGGGCUUCAACCAUGUGUAGCAUCGGGGGAUCGGCCGCCUUCCCCACGCUGACCAUGCUUGUAGGCCGCAAACAGCAUCCAGGUAAGUACUACAGGAAGAACCACUUGUCUGGUGUCAGCAUGUUCCCCAUGUCACCUGUCGCCUAGUGGCCCUUAGAAGUCGAGUAGAGGCUCUAAGAUUUUAUCUGCAAUGUUUGCAGCUUAGAGCAGGAGCUGCAGUGGUACACUUCUGCUUUGUUCAGCAGUCAGGCCCUACCCCCGCUGAAGAUUGUUCUUAAUGAUUGUGAUUGUAUGUUUGUGGUCAUUGUGGUGCUGCACAAUAAAUUUGGAGCCAAUCAGAUGCCUCCCUGAUGGUACUGCAUGAUGCUGUACAUCUCCGCAUUGAUGAAACCAUUCAUUCUGACCAAAUACAUUAAAGAAAUGCAGUCCCAAGUUUGCAGACUUGUUUCACUGCAGACACUCAUUCAUGUACCACUCUCCAGGCCUUCAGUAAACAAACUGCUCUCUGGUACAAGCCAAAUAUUUCAGAUUUGGACUCGUCAUUCCAGAGCACCUGCUUCCUUUUUUAUUUUUACACCCCAGUUCUUGUGUUAUCGUGCAUAGUUGAGUUGCUUAGCCUUUUUCUCACAUCAGAGUUAUGUCUUUUUGGCGGCAAGAUGCCCAUUUCUUUGUGCUUCUUUAGAAGACUUGGCCAGCACACCUAGAAAUUCCUGACUGCUUUGAAAUGUCUGCCUGGGAGACACGUUGGUGCAUUACUGUAUAACUGCUUUGUGUUUUGCUGCUGUGCUCAGUUUUGCCAUGAUAUGACUUUAACUGACAUUAAACUGCCUUCACCUCGUUAGCAAAGUUUGGUUGUUCCUCAGCCAGUUUUAUUCCUCCUGAACAGCUCUUGCUUUUUACUUCAUGAUUGUGUUUCAAUCUACAUAUAAAUUGAUGAUCAUUAGCACCUUUUUGGGUAUAUUUGUUUAAUCAUGCAUCUGACUAUAUGCCCAAUAAAUCCCUGUUGUUUGUGCAAUUGUACCUAGAGAAUUGAUGCUGUUAUGAUUGCAAAAUAUGGUCACAUCAAUUGAUAUAAAGUUAGAGUUUCUACUGUUCGCUCACUUUGCAUUUUGUAAAUUGUUAAAAAUAAACUAUUUACAUUUAAACAAGUGAUGCUAUAAAACACAUUGAUUUGCUUACUUUUCCAUUGUAGGUCAUUAUUUGCAGACCUAUUGUUACACAAAACAACAAACCAUAAGUACUUUUAAAAGAUUUUGUCUAGUCACUAUUACUUUAUUCAAACCUCAUUAUCCAGUA